AUGGAGUGGGUGUCUGCGAUUACAAAAGACUUAAACAUUGACCCAAAACAGCUUUUAGCUGUUGAAGAUGGCGACUAUUGUGUAGCAUUUAUAUCUCAGAAAUGGCUUAUAACUCUGAAAGAGCGGAGAACAGUCCCAGUGCUGUGUGCAAGACCGGAAGGGUUAAGUCAUUUUGAAAUACAGACUUUUUUGCAAAGAUCUGUACACAAAUUACCAGCUGGCUGGACCAGAGUUGAGAUCCACUGUCUAAGGAAAGAUAAGCUGGCUUAUCCUGUCACUUUAAACAGUGGCAUUGUACAGGGACAGGAUGGGGACUGCGAAUCAUUGAUUAAGUUCAUGCAUAAUAUCUCAUUCCAAAACUAUACAAACUUGUGGUAUAAGGCAAGAUCGACAUAUGUAGAGCCAUAUGAGACUGUCAGCAAAGUGCCAAGUAUAACAGCCUUGGAUGCACUCAAAACAUCUCUACAGAAGCUUUAUGGCUGUUCCUUUAUUGCAACAAACAAGGGUUCAACAACUUUAUCUCCUUCUACAGAGAAUUCCACAUUUAUGGGACGGGUGUGUUGUCCCAAUAUUGUCCCAGCGGAAGCUCUCCUUGAGUCUUCAGAUAUGUUGUAUAUCAUCUCUCCGUAUAUACAAUAUUCUUUGUAUGACAUUGUCACUUUUAGUCCUGCAAAACUUGCUAACAGCCAUGCCAAAGUUCUCUUUAUAAUUUACAAUAUAUUGCAGGCACUGAAAGUCUGUCACAAAGAGGGGCUAUCCUGUGGUGCAAUCUCUUUAUGCAGUGUGGCCGUUGAUGAGAAACUAUGCAGUCAGCUGAGGCCUAACUUCAAGGAUUACGAAAGAUUAGAUUCCAUAUCUAGCAAUGGGGAGGCCUUAUCACCAGACCCAGAGAAUGUGUGCACAGUAGGUCUCUGUUCUUCAUGCAACAAUGAGCUCAGGGAAUUGGUGAUGGACUGGAUUAAUGGAAAAGUUAGCAAUUUUGAUUAUCUUAUGUAUCUGAAUAAACUGGCUGGCAGAAGAGAAGGUGAUCCAAAUUACCAUCCUGUGUUACCUUGGGUUAUAGAUUUCACUACCAAGAAUGGUAGAUUCAGGGACCUAAGGAAGUCAAAAUUCCGUCUAAACAAAGGUGAUAAGCAGCUAGAGUUCACCUACGAAAUGACAAAGCAGGCAUUUGUAGCUGGAGGAAGCAGCACAGAGCAGCUUCAUGUUCCUCAUCACAUCUCCGAUAUCUUGUCUGACAUCACUUACUAUGUAUACAAAGCUAGGAGGACGGCAAAGGCUGUACUGUGCAAUCAUGUACGAUCGCAAUGGGAACCAAAUGAGUACCCAGGAAGCAUGGAAAGAAUGCAGAGCUGGACCCCCGAUGAAUGCAUUCCCGAGUUUUAUACAGAUCCUACCAUCUUUAAAUCCAUUCAUCCUGACAUGCCAGACCUUGACAUCCCAUCCUGGUGCAACUCGUAUGAGGACUUCAUAAAUGUUCAUCGUGCACUUCUGGAGAGUAGGGAAGUCUCUCAGGAUCUUCACCACUGGAUAGAUCUGACAUUUGGGUAUAAAUUAACUGGUAAAAAUGCAGUCAAAGAAAAGAACGUUUGUCUUCAUCUGGUGGAUAAUCAUACUAAUCUGACUUGCUAUGGAGUUGUUCAGCUCUUUGACCAACCACAUCCAAAACGUUUACUCGGUUCUGGAUACUCUUUGUUGGAGCCUCCUACAAUAUUACCCAGUGUAAACAUUAGUGAAAUGAAUGUAUAUGAAGAUAAACACAUAGUCAAUGGGCUUGUGCUAGAGGCUACUCUGUGCGAGACCGUGUGGACUGCUGAUAAAGUAUCCACUGGUGAUGAGGAUUUAGAACAAGGAACCGAAGCACUAGAUUCUAUUGGGGGAUCAGCAAAAAGCAUUGAUCUGGCCUCCAUACCCUCUUUUCAAAGUACUAGUGUGAGUAUGCUGCCAGUUGACAACAGGCUGCAGGCAAAUAGGACAAUUAAACAAAGCAGAACUGUAAUGAGUGAUAGUGAUGGAAAAAUUGUAUUACCUGAGGGUUUUAAUCCUAUACAGGCACUGGAAGAGCUAGAAAGACUGGAUAACUUCUUGGUUCGAGGCUUACAUGGUGUCAUCCUCCCAGUGACCAAAUCUCAAAACACUCUUCCUCUAACUAUGUUUGAUUUCUUUAAGAGAGAUAUGCAGGCAUUGGGUAUCAUGAUUGCAGAGAUAAUAUUUGCGUCAAAGAUCCACACAAGAACUCCCAAAGCUUCCUUAUUGGACCGCUAUCUUCUAGUACGGAAUCUCAGUAGACACCAUCAAAAAGAAAUUCCAACACCUCUCUUGCAGUUGCUAGAGAUAUUGUUGCAGCUGCAUGUACCAGAGGAUGUUCUGCUAAAACGUGUUCAUAUAGAUUCCUGUGUUCACCUUUAUGAUUUUCCACACAUCUCUAAUGGUCUCCCUCCACCAUGUCCUUCACAGCUCGUCAGCCCUUUUUGCUCUGUUAUCCCUUUCCCAACCUAUUUCCCAAACCUGCACAGAUUUAUAUUAACUUACCUGUCAAGAAGCGUUGAAGAUGAGAGCCAAGGCCGGGAGCUUGUUUUUCAACUGUGGCAGCAAAUAGAUGGUAUUCUUUGUGAUAUCACUCCUGAAGGAUUAGAAAUACUUCUCCCAUUUGUCUUGUCUCUAAUGACUGAAGAAAGCACUGCUGUGUAUGCUGCCUGGUAUCUUUUUGAACCUAUAGCCAAAGCUUUGGGACCUAAAAAUUCAAGCAAGUAUCUUCUAAAGCCACUUAUCGCUUCUUAUGAAAACCCUGUUUACCUUUAUGGAAGAUUUUAUCUUUAUACAGACUGCUUUGUAGCACAGCUAAUAGUACGUUUGGGUUUGCAAGCAUUCAUUUCUAAUUUACUGACCCAUGUUCUGCAGAUACUUGUUGGAGUUGAGAGUUCUGGAGAGGAAGGAAAACUUCUUUCAGGAGGUGCAGAGGAUGAGGAAAGUGGUGGUGACAGCCCAGUCACGUGUGACUUUGAUGGAAGGCAGAACAAUGUAGAUCACAGUACAUCAUCUCAUGAACUUCUGGACUACACGUCUGGAGUCAGCUUUCAUGAUCAGGUUUACCUGACUGAGAAUGAGGAUUUCCAGAAUGAGCUGUAUGUGAGUGAACCUCUUCAGUCUCAAGAGCAAGAGUCUCUCAGUUUGGGGAGAUUGAGUGACAAAAGCAGUGCAAGUGAAGUUUCUUUAGGAGAUGAAAAAGUUGCAGACAUUGAUUCCCUUCGUGAGAAAGGAAGCUUGAAGUCAGGAGAUAGUAGUAGCCAAGAUUUAAAGCAGAGUGAAGAAUCUGAAGAGGAGGAGGACCGAGAACCUUCUCCAGGUCUUUCCGACUUAACAUUGUCUGUCAAUACUGAAGCCUCUGUGGAUACUAUCCAGGCCAGUGACAACAGAGACCUGGAUGAAGAAGAGCCCGAUAUAAAUAACCAUACAGAGGAAAAGGAGAAGAAGAUACUGAUCGGUAAAGUAUAGUUUUUAUACAUUUGUGUAAUUUUUAUUUAUUUUUUGUUUUCAAAUACUUGCUGAUUCAUUUUAUUUUGUGAUGGCAAUGAAAUAUGUGAUUUUAUGUCAUUUAACUUUGACUACUUAUUAUACUUAGAGAUGUCAUAGCAUCUUCUGAAAUAGUGCACAUUCAGAAUUCUAGGCUUUGGAUGGCCAUUAGUUGUUUGACCAUAAACCAUGAUUUGGGGGAACUUACAUGAGCCCUUGAGAAAGCUGCCAGGUCAGGGCUUAUUCAUUAAAUUGAGCAGUACAAUCAGUCCAGGGUGGUGUUUCCCAAGCCAGUCCCCAAGAACCACCAACAGUCCAGAUUUUGUCAGUAUCUCUGUUGGAAUAAAACAGGUAAAUACAUAAAUCCUGGAUUGUGCACACACACUGCUGCCCUCACUGUCCACACACACUGCUGCCCACGCGGUUCUCCAUCACCAAUGCAACAACAACCUGAGGUUCAAAAUAGUGUGUUUUUAGUUGAGAGCAAAACUCUAUAGUUUCAAAAAAAUUCCAGAUUCUGAGAUGCUUAAGAUGAAAAGCUUUCCUCCAAUCUGGAGAUAGCUUGGAAGGUGUCUUUGCCAACACCGGCAAGUUUUCUUGAACGUCUUUUCAAGAUUUUCGGUCCUCUCACCAAUUUCUUUAAUUUCUCUAUCUCCGCUGUAAUUCAGUGGAAAUCUGGUAGUAUUGCAGCCAGGGGUUUUGUUGUAAUGCCUGUAUUCAUCUCUCCAUAAUCGGGGAGUCCUCUCUGCUGUGAUGUGUAACCUCCGCGUCUGACGUCGUAUCCAAUGUUGGUGAAGUGAUAGACACCCUUUUGAUCUGCCCGAUACCGGUUUUGUUUGACAGCCUUUGAGACCACGCUGAUUUCGCAGGCAACAUGGCAGAUAAGUUAUGCAGGGGUAUACAUCUUAAUACAAAUUAAAACAUCCCAGAAAAAAAUUGCUAUCUUGAUACAAUAAUACUGGCUGAUUUUCGCGCUAUGUGGACUCUGAGCACCUAUGACAUGCAUCCGUUCUGUAGCACAGCAAGUCACACCCAUGCUGCAGAGCAGUGUUAAAGGAGCACUAUAGGGUCAGGAACACAAACCUGUAUUCCUGACCCUAUAGUGUUAAAACCACCAUCUAGCCACCCUGGUCCGUUCAUGGCUCCCUAAAUAUAGUAAAUCUUACUUGUAUGCAAGUCUGCAGCUGCAUGCUUUGUGCCUGUUUCCUUUUAGACCUGCCUGCUGACAUCAGCAGAAGUGGUAGCCUGAUCCAAUCACAAUGCUUCCCCAUAGGAUUGGCUGAGACUGACAUGGAGGCAGAUCAGGGGAAGAGCCAGCAUGAUUCAAACACAGCCCUGGCCAAUCAGCAUCUCCUUAUAGAGAUUAAUUGAAUCAAUGAAUCUCUAUGAGGAAAGUUCAGUGUCUGCAUGCAGAGGGAGGAGAUACUGAAUGUUUGGAUGCAUUUUAGGCAGCCAUUACCCAGGAAGGAUCUCUAACAGACAUCUGAGGAGUGGCCAGUGCAGUUGUCACUAGGCUGUAAUGUAAACACUGCAUUUUCUCUGAAAAGACAGUGUUUACAGCAAAAAGCCUGAAGGUAAUGAUUCUACUCACCAGAACAAAUUCAAUAAGCUGUAGUUGUUCUGGUGACUAAAGUGUCCCUUUAAGAAUUAAAACUGUUCUAACAUGAUUUGACUACUUACAAUGGAUAGCGUCUGCACAUUAUAGUGUUUAUGGUGCUCGAGUGUUUAAUAUUUAAGGAGCAGAGAUUCAGUUACUUAAAUGGACACUCCACUGCCCAAAUACAAAAUAAAUAAAAAUCACUGUUAAGUAAAUAUGACCCAAAUUUAAACUUGCAUUAGUUUAAUUGGGUGUAAAUUAUAUAAAAACAACAUGCAAAACCCGUUGUUCUUUUAGUCUGCAGUCUUUGUGAAUCCUCCCCUUCUGACCCUAUCCCAGACUUUCUGUGUCUGUCCAAUCACAAGCUUCCCAAUGCAGCUCAAUCAGAAGUAUUUGCAAGGCAGGUGCUGUGAGCAAUUGCUGCCUCUUGAGUUUAGUUCUACUGAGCUAACCAAACCAGUAAACGGACCGGUUGUGUGCUUGAAAGCCAGGUUCAUUUAUAAAAGUGCCAAUCUCUAUUAAAAUCUGUACUUUUUUAAAAUAGAGGACACACUCUUCACACACACAGGUUUCAAGCAAGUUAACCCUUUAGGGACACAUGACAUGUCUGACAUGUCAUGAUUCCCUUUUAUUCCAGAAGUUUGGUCCUUAAGGGGUUAAAGUGGUUUAGGGGUCAGGAAUGUAACUUUUAAAAGUAAGUGAGUUCUAGUUGUAAUAGUGAGUUGAUUAUAGAAUUUUAACACCGCUGUUAUCUUGUACUUUUAUUCUAUCUUUUCACGGACAGAAAUGCCACACCUUAUAAACUGCCUCAGGAAGUUCACUGUUAAGUAUUUGCACAGCAAGAAUCUGCUUAUUGAGGAUGUUAAACUGAAAAAUAACCACAUUUUAUACAUAAAUACGAAAUGCCAAAUGUGACUGCAUUAUAUGAAUAUGGUGUUUCCCAAGAUACCAUUUAAAUUGUCUAUACGACGCUACUUGACUGUGGUUAUUAAGUACUUCAUUGUAUGUUUUUCAUAAGGUCAAAAAGAUUGAAAAUUGGAUGGAGGGUAAAGACCCGAUUAUAUUAUGUGUGUCCGGUAUUAUUUAUUUGUUUUUUUUAAUGGAGCACUAUAGUGCCAGGAAAACAAACUCUUUUUCCUAGCACUAUAGGGUCAUUAGGUCCCCACCCCCCCCACCCUGAGGGCCACCCUCCUGCUGGGCUGAAUGGGUUAAAUUCCCUUCAGCCACUUACCUUGCUGGUGAACUCUCCACCCCCUGCCGGCGUCGGAUCCGAAUGCGAAUGCACGGCAUGCGUCGCGCGCACAUUCAAACAGCCUAUAUGAAAGCAUUACUAAAUGCUUUCCUAUGGACGUCAGCGUCUUCUCACUGUGAGUUUCACAGAAGCGCGGAAGCGCCUCUAGUGGCUGUCAGUGAGACAUUCACUAGAGGCUGGAUUACUCUCAGUGAAACAUAGCAGUUUCUCUAAAACUAUGUUUUCAGCUGCGGGGUUAAAACUAGAGGGACCUGGCACCCAGACCACUUCAUUGAGCUGAUGUGGUCUGGGUGCCUAUAGUGGUCCUUCAAAUUAAAAUAUCUUGUCAUUUGUAUUAAAGGGACAUUCUAGUCACCAGAACAACUACAGCUUAAUGUAAUUAUUCUUGUGUAUAUAGUCCGUUCCUGCAGGCAUUUUAAUGCAACACUGCCUUUUCACUAAGACGGCCAGUAGAGGUGCUUUCUGGGUCAGUUCAGCUUCGCCACACUUUGCAUUGAAUGAAUGCAUCUCUAUAAGCAGAUGCAGAUUGGCCUGUGUGGCAUUUUGAUUGGCUGAGACGGUAAAUUUGCAGUGCUGGAAUAAAGGGGAGUUUUAACCAUUUUAAGUGGGUUAUCUAUCUCCCUUGUUUAACUGCUUUUGCACAUAACACUUCCUUUUUCCCCUCUUUGUAUUUUCUCUGUUAUGUAAAAAAAAAAGUUAGCACAUUUAUUUUGUUUUGACCAAGAAGUGCAAAAGAUCUGAAAAUGUUUUUGUUUGCCUAUUUGUUAAUAUCCAUUGGAGACCUAUUUUUCCUCUACAAUGAAGCAGUGUGCACAGUUGAGCCAGUCAGGCGUGUUUCCUGUAUAGUGUGUGACCAUCAGAUUGCCUCUUUAUUUUACAGAUACGGCCUGUAACAUGGUAAGGUGGCUCUCGGCCAAACUGGGUCCAACAGUAACCUCUCGUUCCAUUGCCAGGAAUCUGCUGCGCUUGCUCACGUCCUGCUAUGUUGGUAAUUAAUUAUUGCUUUUUAUUUUAUGUUGUUUUUUUUUUAUUUUUUUAUGUUAUUUAACUCUUUAUGUUCAUUUUAGCAAUACAAUGCAUAACAUACAUUACAUUGCUAAAGGAUUAUUUAUAGAAUAUAAAUAAUUAUUUUAGAAAUAUUUAACUCUCAUUGCACAGCGCUACGGAAUUUGCUUUCGCUAUAUAAAUAAUAAUAACUCACAGGAUAAACUCUUACGAAAACAAAUUGCAUGGGGAAUGGUUUGUUGAUUCCCAAUUCUUUACCUAUCUGGAUAUGAGAGUAGAUGUGAUAAUUACAAUGCACGGUAAAAUGAUAGAUACAGUGUUUAUUCUCAGUAUGAGCAGGUCUAAUGCAUGCACAGAAAACUGAAACGGACAUUCCACUACCCAAAGACAAAAGAAAAUAAUAAAUCACUUUUUAGUAGAUUUACCCCACAAUGAAAACAUGCAUGCAUUUUUUUCAUUGGGAGUUUACCUAAAAACGGGUUACAAAUGCUGCCGAUCUCUUGUUUUGCAGCCUUUGCUGCCUAUCCCAGACUUUGUGUGUCUGUCCAAUCACAGACUUCCCAAAGCAGCUCAAUGAGAAGUCUUUGUAAGGCAGGUGCUCUUAGCAAUUGCUAAGCUACUUAGUGGAGCUAAAUAACCGGACAGCCUGGGGGGCUGUAACCAUUUAUAACAGUACCAAUUUCUAUUGAAAUCUUCACAUUUUAUAAAAUAAAAAAAGUAAAACUACUCUUCACGCAUAAAGCAGUUUAGUAAGCUGGAGUGGUUCAGGGGUCUGAAGACCGUAAAAGCUGUUUAUGUAAGAUGUAAACCUUAAUGUGUAUGUUAGUUUUUUUUUGUUUGUUUUUUUAUUAUCAGGUCAUCAAAGACAAAACUUUCUGCCUACAGGGGAGGAGAAUAGCCCAUUAAAUGUUAAAAGACCAAUAUGUGGUGAUCAAUUAUCUAAGCCAGUACUGGACUGUUUAAUGUAUAUGGCUCAUCUUUAUGGAGAACCAUUCCUAACAUAUCAGUAUCUCCCGUAUAUCAGCUACCUGGUAAGUACUGCGUUUUAAACACAAUCUAGAUUUCACUGUUUUAUGGGUUUUUUUGGGUUUUUUUUUUAACAAAAGUGAUGAAUGUAACAUUCAAUGUGUGCUGUGGGGCUGUAGAAAGUUACUAAACAGAUUCCUAAGAAAGGGCACGCUAUGUACCUAUAAAGAAAGGCAGCUUAUUGAAUUGAUUUAAAUAUAAUGCCACAACACAAAGUGAACUAUUUCUUGGUUUGUUGAGGAUAUACAUAAAUAUGUGUGUAUAUUUCCCGGUCUCCAAUAAGUAUAAUUUUUAAAGGGAGGCCCAAUAAUAAUUUAUUUAAUUGCGAGUGAAAAUACAGCACUGCCGAGUAUAAAUUCACCCUUCAUGUGCAUACUAUUGCUUGCAGUGGUGAGUAACACAAAGCAUGUGACUGCAUAGUUUUACUGAUUGUAGAUUAACCCCUUAAGAGCCGCUGACGGGUCAGGGCUGUGGUCGGAAAAAUACCAUUGAGGACAGCCAACGGUCCUGAACCAUCAUAACGGAAAACGAGCAGCGGGAGCAAUAUCCCGCUGUUACUAUCUGCCAGGCAGACAGUUUGUGAUAGUUUGUUGCCAGAAGUGUUCCAGACAGGGGCCUACCUGGAGCAUUUGGCACCCGGGGUGGAUCCUAUAUUUGGCACCUCCCCCUCCCCAUCUUAAAAAUUAAAAAAAACAACCACAUUUGUUUUUCACGUAUUUAACACCGAGCAGUGUUUGUGUGUUUUAAUGUUUUUGUAUGGAUUAUGUGUGAGUGAAUGUACGGGUGUGUUGCACUUAUUAUUGGCAUUUGAAUGCAGGCGUGCAUUUUUCUGUAGUGUGGAUUUUGAAUAUGGUGGUGUGUUUUUAUGUAGUGUUGUCAUUUGGAUGCAGGGUUGUAUUUGUUUGUAGUGUAGGUGAAAUGCUGAGAUGUAUGCACAUAUACUCACAUAUACACACACUGGCACACAUACACAGACACAUAUGUACACACAUGCAGUUACAUAGAAAUACAGGCAAACACUGACACAGACACACAAACAUACACACACUGACACACAUGUAUAAGUGUGUGUCUGUGUGUGUUUGUAUAGUGGAUAAUAGUGUGAAGGAGGGGGUGAUGGUGAGAGGGGCAGGGGGGGGAGAUGGAUUCCAGAAUUGGUGCUUCACAUUUUAUUUUUAUGAUACCGCCAACUGCAAAAAAAACAAAGCCCUUUAAAACCUUGACUGUGUAUUGGAACAUGUUUUAAGCUCUACCACACAGAACAUACCUUUUUGUAAUACUUGUAUCUGAAUUUUUCUCUAGAAAGUGGAAAAUUUUAGUUAGUUUCCUUCCCCCAAAUCUCUAGUUAGAUUCUUUUUGCAGGAGUUAGUUUAGAGAUUGCUGCUAAUGGUGCAUUUGAUACCUGCACAUUUUGUUAAAAAGGUUUUCUGGCAGAAAUAUAUAACCGGCUGGCCAAAACCAGAUGACGUGUGCAUAAAAAACAGAAUUUAAAAAUUACCACCACACACCUUCUCUGACUUUUUUGGGCAAAAUGGUUUGGGGAAAGAAGUCAAAACACUCCAUCUUCUAUAACCUUGGAUGUCUAAUUUAUAAAAAUAUAUACUUUUAACCAUAUAGUCAACUUUGGGGAUGUAAAAAUGCACCACAAUCAACAUGUGCCUAGCAAAGCAAGCAAACUAUAUUCAGCCAAAAUGGGCAAGUCCAAAAUUUGUUACUGUAAAAUCGUGGCAAACCAAUGCAUGGGGGGCAUUGGUGUACUCAGGAGACUUUGCAGAAAACAAACUGGGGUGUUUUCUGGCAGUAACAUAUAACCAGCUGGCUAAACUCAAAAAGCAGAAUUCAAAAACUACCACCAUGCAUGUUCUCUGAAUUUGUUUUUUUUAGCACAAUGGUUUGGGGAAGGAUGUUAAAACGAUCCAUACACAAUACCCUGGCAUGUCUACUGUAUAAAAAUAUAUACUUUCAUGAUGGUAACAUUAACUGGGGGAUGCAAAAAUACACCAAACUGAAGAUAGGCAAAGCAUACCUAUAUAUCAGGUUGAAAAACUGACAUGCACAAGUCUCAAUCGAGGCCUUUUCGCCCCCAAACAACCCAGCAAACCAAUGCAUCACUGUACUCAGGAGAUAUUGCUGAACACAUAUUGGGCUGUUGUUUGGCAGUGAUACAUAACAGGAUCUGUGAAUUUAUAACUGAAUUGCAAUGUAUGUGAAAAAAAAAAAUACCUAUGCGAAGUUUGGCAAAGAUUGGUGGUAAAAUGGAUGCAUUGAAAGUGUCAAAAUAUCCUUAGAUGAAUACCCUGGGUUGACUACUUUCAAAAAAAAUAUGUACAUGUGGGCUGUGAUUCAGAGAUUUAGGAAAGAUAACAGUGUUACAAUGUCACUAUUGAUACAUUUGAAAAAUUUAUAUUUUGAAACCGCAAUGUUCUACUUGUACUUAUAACCCUAUAACUUGCAAAAAAGUACAUAAACACUGGGUGUUUGUAAACUCAGGACAACAUUUUUAAUCAAUUUAGCUGUUUUUUUCAUUCGCUUUUGUAGAUGAGUAAAAGAUUUUUGAAGUAAAAGUAAAAAAACAUGUGUUUUUUUUUUUUUUUUCACCAUAUUUCAUUCUCCUUUUUUUUUUUUUUUAAAUUAUAUUACAGAAUAAUGGUAUGUAAAGAAAGCCCCUUUUUGUCCUGAAAAAAAACAAUAUAUAAUUUGUAUGGGAACAGUAAAUGAGAGAGAGAGGAAAAUUUACAGCAUAACAUAAACACCACAAAAGUGUUAAAACAGCCCUGGUCCUUAAUGUACAUCAUCUCCAAAACAGUCCGGUCCUGAAGGGGUUAAGGAGGAUUUAUUUGUUUUCCUAUAAAAACAUGUUUUCGGUGUUGUUGAGCUGGACAGAGAUAGGAUAGGAAGUAUGUUUUAGCCUAUCAAAAGUUUUUUUUCCAACCUUCACUGGAAAGAUCUGCUUAGAGUGUAAAUCUUGCCAGGAGACAGGAUAUACAGAAUUCCUGUGAUGGGGUUUGUAGCGAAAUCCUGCAUUCUAAUAACAUUUUAUUUUCUAUAUUUCCUUUUGUUUCUUAUAUUCUAUGUUUGUUCUUCUAUUUAUUUUUCUCUCAUUUUCUAUGGAAACUGCAUUGUACAUUUAAAGUGGAUUUUUUUUUUAUAGUUGUAUUUAUACAAGGUAAAAAAAAACAAACAAAAAAAAACACCUCCACUAUACUCUAAAGUGAUCUUUGCAGCACAAUUAUGGGACGGAGUUAAUUUCAGUUGAAUGCCAACUUGUACCAGUGUCUGUAUUGCACUAAAUACAAAUGCAAAUAAAAAACUAAAUUAUUAAUUUAUGUAUUCCAAAACUUCAGACAUAACAUUUCAUCUUUAAUCACAUCAUUCUGAAGAUUUGUUUUAUUUACAAUUGAUUGCUAGCUGUCAUCACUGAUUUGGACUAAAGUAAUAAAAAGUCACCCUAGCUAUUCCAAAACAUACUUUCUUGUGGUCCACUGUUUAAAUCAAACAUGUCAAGCUUGCGGCCCAUGGGCUGCAUGUGACCCACAAUGAAUCAAGUUUGAUGAUCUCAGCCAAAGUGAAGAACACACUCAUAGGACUUCAAAAUCAACAAGAUAACGUCAUUUGUUUUUGUUUUUUUUAGAGCUGUACAACAGCAUACAUUCGCCAUUUCAGUCCCAUUACCAAACGUUUCUUAAUAUGUCAAGGUAGUUGGACUGAUAAAUUAGUUAUAUGCAAAUGCACGUUGCCUUAAAAUAAAUGUGCUCUUUUGCUUACUUUGAAGCCCUACGAGCGUGAGGACGUCCAGUGUCAGUGAGGCGACUUUUUUUUUUUUUAUACUGUACUUUUCUAAAUAAACCCAAGUUUCUAUGAAAACUGAAAACUUAAGCCUUGUUUAUUUGGCCCUUGUUAGCCUUUGAGUUUGACAUGAAUGCUUUAAAUCUAUUACUUUCAGAGAAAUCCUUCUUUUUACUUUAUUUAAUCCUCCAUAAAUCCCUUUGUCAGAUCAUUGCAGGUACUGUUAAUCUGGCGAUUGCUGUGAUCUCCUAUAUAAACACACAUGACUUGUUUACUAGCAGACUUAUGUACAAUGAGAUCUUAUGUCCAGGUAUAAUUCAAUCGUUUCCAUUUAUGCAUGAAUUGCAUCUUUUGGAAUUGAAGUACUCUGACACUUAUACAUUGAUUUGUAGGUUGGGUUACAGUGAAUUAACCUUGGUUCCCUAUUUGGUACAUUAAGAUAAAUGUGUGAGAUGUCAUUAUUAAGAUUUCUGGCAAUGGUAGUUAAGCUGUUCUUUUUUUUAGUAGAAAGCUGACAAAGUAAAAUCAAUCCUAAAAUUCCUUCUGUGGUCAUAUAUCACAACUUUGUGGACAAGCACAGCAUUGCUGUAGAAUGUUAUGGGAUCAUCUUGAUUGGUUGAGUUCCUUCCUGGUUUGGCAGGACACACUGCAGAAGGUGUACAUCCAAGGCAUUUGCAGCAAGUGCAGAUAUGCAAUUUUACAAGUAUCUAAUAGUGCAAGUCAGAAAAACUUGCUAAGCAAUAUACAGGUUUGGCUAAUAUGUAUGUUGUAUUCAAACUUGGUUCAUGUUUUCUAUAUUUUGUAUGCAGGUUGGUCCCAGCAGCACCUGCAGGUUGAACAGUCGCAAGGAAGGAGGUCUGCUAGCCGCAGUCACGCUCAUGCAGAAGAUUAUUGUUUACCUAUCGGACACACCCCUGAUGGAUAUCCUUCCCAAAAUUAACCAAGAUGUGCUGCUGCCGGUUUUGGGUUUCCUGACCUCUACCACUAUGGGGUAAUGGACAUAACAUUUUAUUUUAAAAGCAAAGAGAAGUGGGGAAAAAAACACCCAGUACACGUAUAAAAAUUUAAAACAUAACCUGGGGAAGUGGACCAGGAUAAUGAGAUCAGUGAAGAUCUAUAAUAAGGAUAAACAUUACAAAGCGUAAUACAGUACAAUAGAAACAAAGUGAGCAGUGCUUAGUAUUAAACUCACAAACAUAAGAUGAAACCAGCUUUUCACCCCACCAGGGGUUAAAACGAAUCAGAGAGCUGGUAGAUCUCAGUUUUGGAAAUCCUCAUAAAUACCUUGGGUAAAUGGAGGAAAAAGAGCCAUACGUGGUGAAGUACAGUUAAAAAAAAUAAAAAUAAAAAAAAAAGGAUUUAUUUAGAUUUCACUUACAAGCAGGCAGAAAAUCUGGGCAUGUCUCCACACAAUGUGGAGCCAGGUAGCCGUGUAGUAGGUCUCACAAUGCCAGAGUGCAGCAUUAAAAACAGGACAAAUAUAAUAUAAAACAAAUAAAAUUAAAGUCCAUAUAGAGUCCAAGAUAGAUUGUCAAAUGCGUUUCUCCAGGGAUCUACCUAGGACUAGAUAGCGCUGCCUUGUGAUCAUUUUAAAUUGAGGAAAAUAAAUCUUUAGUAGAAUCAGAAAAUUGGGACAAAAUCGGUCACCAACCAAGUCCUUGAAGCACUCCUAUUGUCCUGGUUUUGUUUGUAUCUCAUUGGAACAAAACUGGUAAAUUUGUAGAGUGCUUGAUUGCUUUAAGUAUUGGGUUGGGAUUACUGGAGUAGACUGCACCACCUUUGCUUAUAUGGGAUAUGGACAUUCUACCCAUUGCAAACACUAGGCAAACUAUACAUUUUAAAUCAUUUCAUACCCCCUAUGGGGAUGCACAAUUCUCUUGACUCCAUUACUGGAACUACGCAAAACAAAAUUUAACUUCAGAAAAAAAAGUUGCCUGCGCUCUUUCCAAAUCCCUAUGCAUAUUUAAAUAAAUGGAGGUUAUUUAGUAACUCCAAUGACCAUUAGAUGGAAGCCCACCUGCCAUGUUAAGGCAAGCCUCUUAGGUGGGUCCUACACUGACUAUUCACCUUGCUUCCUUGAGCUCCAGGCAAAGAUAUCUGAGACAUAGAGGAGUAUUUUUACUAAACCUCUACAUACUUCUUAACCCUUAAUAGGGAACCGAUGGGAUGGCGGCAGCAUUGUUACACAGCAUUGUAAAUUAACUUCACCCUACCCUGUAUACAGUUCAAUAGAUAGAACAAAAUAGCUGAAGCAAAAUGAAAUUUUAUGGCAAGCUAGAGUGCUGAACAAAGACUUUACUUGGUCCUCAUUGUUGGCUAAAAACCUCUACUGGUUACUUCUACUGAAGUGGUGGCAUCUUAUAUUAUUCUGUACUGUAAAGAAUUGUGGGACUCCAGGAUGACAUGCAGCACCAUUAUCCGUAUUCAGAAAUGCCUGUAUCUUGUAUUAAAUGCGUCAGUCGCUAUGCAUUUCCUAACGUGUCUGAAAAAAAAAAUAUAUACAAAUACGAAAGGAAAAAAAUAUAUAUACAAAUACUUUAAUUGUGAAAGGUUGGCAGUAAGGUGACUGGCCAUGUCACUCCAUUCUAUUACUUUACCUUCAUUAUUGACUUCACAGAGAACAAAUAUCCUCUGUUUAAAGGACUGCUCCAUACACCAUAGCAGCUUCAUCUCGAUUAAGAUUUUAUGGUGUUUGGAGGUCCUGGGCACCGUCUUACUUUAUGGGGUUAAACUAUUUCCAAAUGGUUUCGUCUGCCCCGGUUCAAUGCGCAUGCCUUUGCUUUGGGUGCCUGUGAUAGGCUGGGAGUGUCAGCUGACAUUCCCAACCUAUCAUAGACCUCCCACUGAGAGAAAUGCUUUAGUAAUGUACAUGGCAGAAUUUGCAUAUCCCUCUUCUUUUAACCAAUGUGCAGCAGAAGGAGAAACCAAACAAAAUAAGUUGGGUAUCCUCAGAAACCCCAAUUUAAAAUAAAAAUAUGAUAAUUUAUUAUUUAAAGUAAGAGUACAUACAAUACUUUUUUAAUUAUUAUUAUUAUUAUUAUUAUUAUUAUUAUUAUUUUGUGAAAUAUAAAUAUCUACAAUAUAUGCCCAUUUUCAUCUUAUCCACUGGCUUUCAUAUUUAUUUGUUUGGUCAGACAUGUUCACAUCUGUCCAAAACUGUGCUAGUUUGCAUUCACAAAUCAUGAUAUUGUGCACAAGCAGUAGGCAUUUCAAAAAUGCCCUCUGUGAUGGAUUCACACAUCAAAUUGUGCAUGGUCUUAGCAGAUAAGGUAAAGAUGGCUGCCUCCACAGAGUUAAGAUUAGCCAGAAAAUGCACUGAUAAGAAUUCACUUAUGCAUUUGGUUACAAAAUAAUACACCACUGGGAUCAAUCUUUUAAUCUUGUAAUAUUUUAUUCUCCCUAAAAAUACUGACUGUUUCCAGGUGACCGAGUGCAAUGUUCCUGUUUAUUUCCUUCACCUCCUUUAAUAUGGUGACGAUAUUAGACUGACACCAUAAUGUUAGGCAGUUAAUGUGAAUUAGGUGUGUGUGUCUUGGGCAUUAAAAUGGAACAAAUCGGUUUGUUCCUGCUUUGUUCUUUUUUUUAUUUAUAGCUGCUCCGUGUUGUUGAUGUGAUUUGAGUCUUUUUUUUUUUUUUUGUGCUCUGUGAUGAGUAAUCUAGUUUUAUUGCAUGCUAGCUUUAAUCUCUAAUUGAUUACUUUUGCCUCUGCGUGGACGAGAAACGUUUGUUACCCAUAGCUGAAGCUCAGGAAAUUCGGUCUAAAAGAGUUGCCAAUUAUGUACUAGUGUGUUUUCCAAAUUAUCAGUAUUUUGUAUUUAACAUGAUGAGUAGACAUAAGAAGAGCACAGCAUAGCCUUAUUAUUAUAUUAUUAAUUUGAAAAUUGAUGUAAUCUUCUCGGCACAAUGAAGUGUCUGUAAAUCCAUAAUGAUGAUGAUCGUGUUCCGGAACAAAUGGUUCAACAAGAUGAAACACACGUGGAAUGUCUAGAACUCUCUAUUUUGAUCCAGAUAAUUGCAUUCUAUUGACACGGAAAAACAGUCUAUUUUGGAAGUGGUAGAAAUCAUGACCCCUUUUAUCUCAACAAUAUAUUAGCUUAAAUUAAUAUAAAUUGUUUACACAAAUGUUUGUAUGAAUGAAAAAACUUUUAUACAAUUACUUUUGAUUUCUUCAUUCUGUGCAGAGUAUGUGCACAAAUACACUUUUCAUUACCUGGAUCAAUAUUUCUUUCAUUCAGGAACAAACUGUCAUCAUUACUGGUUUUCUUUUGUCACAUAAUGUGUACAUAGUUACAUGAAAAGAGACUUUGCAAUAACUCCAAUCUGGGUAAUGAGUUUCGAGUGGUCACAAAAAAUCCUCUUUCCUCUGUAUGACCUGUUUAUGUUCAAACAAUAUGAAAGAAACUUUCAGUUCAAGGGGCUAUUUAAAGAGAGCUAGCAUUUUGUUGAUCAAUACAGAUAUCACUUGGAUGUUUUUAAAAUUCUUGUAAUCAGCACAGGAUUCACGCUAUAACUUUGCAAAGAACAUUUAGUUUGAAAGUAGCUAUUUAUUUCAUCUAUCUUAGCAACAGCAGAGGUAUGCAAAGGUUACCUAACCACCACACGCAUGUACUUCUUCAUGAUUACGUUAAUUUUCACUCUUGACCCUAUGCCAUUGGAAAUACCUCCCUCCGAACAUCCAGUCUGUCACCUCUCUACCAGCAUCAUGCACACGUCUGAAAACACACACCUUCACUAAAACCUUCCCCGUCCCUUCCUAAUCCAAUCUCUAACAGCUCAGCAUAUCUGACCCUUGAUUUGCUAAUCCUCAUCAGUGUGGCCACCACCAGGGCUUCUAGUUAUCGCUCUGGUGCAACUCCUCCAUACAGAUUUAGAUUUAUGCUGGGCAUGGGACCAAACUAGUCACUCCACUGGACACUCUUCUCUUCUCCUCCCACUUCUCUUCUUUGCAGACCCACUCGAGCAAGGGCACCUCCAGACGUCUUGCAUUGUUUGUCUAUCCUUUGUCUCUAUUUUAUAUUUGCUUGCUGUGAACGCAUUGUUUUGUACUGUAUACACAUUCACUGUAUAGUGAUUGUAAAGCAUUUCUUAUAUUUUCUAUUUUCAGAAUAUUUGCUGUAUAGGUUCUAAAGUAGAACUCCUUAUAUUGGCACAAUUAUGGAUACAAUUUAUGUUCCUUUCACAAUUGUAUUUUUGUCCUAAUAUACAUCUAGGAUUGUAUAUCCUGGGCCUUUUUGAAUAUUGCCUUGUAUGAGGUUGAAGUCCAUUGGCAAAGUUCUUUACUUCUCUCUUUCUAUAGGUGUGUCUGAUGGACACUUCAAACAGCAUAACCACUCGUAAUAAUUACAGCAGGCAUUGUUUGCAUUACAUAUGUCCUUAAAGUAAAAAAAAAUAAAAAAUACAUAUUUGUGAAAAGUUAGCAGCAAGGUUACUGGCCAGGUCACUACAUUCUAUUACAUUACCUAGAUUGGUGAGUUCACAAAGGGCCAUAAUCCUCUGUUUAAAGGACCACUCCAGACACCAUAACAACUUCAUCUCAACAAAGAUUUUAUGGUGUCUGGAGGUUCUAGGUACGUCUUACCUUAUGGGGUAAACCAUUUUUAAAUACUUUCAUCUUUCUGACCCCUCUACAUCUUCGUCCUGUACCAACUUCAAUGCACAUACCUUUGCUUUGGGUGCCUGUGAUAGGCUGGGUUGUCAGCUCCCACUGCAAUAUAUCCUUUAGAAAUGUACAAGGCAUAAUUUGCAGCUCCCUACUCUCUUAUACAAUGUGCAGCAAAAAAAAAAAAAGAGAGAGAGAAAAUGGGGGAGGAGGGAGUAAGUCAAAUAGAGAGAGCGAGUCAGAAGCUCUUUAGCUCUCCUGAGCCAAGCCCUGCAGUCUAGAGCCAGCUGAGUUAAGGCAGUCUCUCAGAAAUUGAUUCAUAUUGCCAUGCAAAGCUGCAGUCCUUCUCUCCAGUCAGAAUAUGCCAGAUCUUAGAAUCAAGUAAUGAUUCUUUUACAGAAUGUGCUGCUUAACCCAUGUAUUCCUGAGCCUCUUCUGAGCUUUGCCUUACUGCUGGAGGCAUUUUACUACUUUAUACUGCAGUAAAAAAAAUUCUGUACUUUUUGUACAGUAGGUGUACAAAAUAUACUACCUGCAAUACAAAGCUGAAAUGUCCAUAACCUGCAUGGCAGAUAACUGUGCAAGAAUGUGUUUUGUUCUACUAUAUUUUACAAACUGACAUUUUAUGGUUUGGAUAAAUUCCCUUUAACAGGUUUCCCAGUGGAGCCCAGGCCCGCAUCGCUCUUUGCGUGAAGUGCAGCAGUCUCCUUUCAUUAAUCUGUCUCAGGAUAGGACGGAAGAUGGUUCAAGAGCACCUUGGGGAAGCCCUUCGUAUGUUCUUCAGCAACUUCACCAUCCUGCAAGAUUUUCAGGAGCAGGUCAGUGCAUCUAUACUCACAAUCUACCAAUAAUAAAUGCACUUCAUAACCGUGUUAAUGUUGUCGACCAACAAUUUUAGUCAAAUUUAUGUCUACUAAAAUCUUUUGAGGUUUAGUCGACUAAAACUAGACAAACUAAAACAAUUCAGAUGACUAAAAUACAACUAAAACUAAAAUGGCUUUUUAGUCAAAAGACUAAGACUAAAAGUAAAUUGAAAUUUGCCGCCAAAAUUAACACUGCACAGAGUGGCUGUGGAAGCUGCAAAAAAAGACAGAUCAGGGAUUGGGAGAGAGACACCUAGAGGGGCUGGGAGGACAGAAAGACACAGAUGACUGGGGAAGGGACAAAAGAGACAGAGGCAUUAAAGGGACACUAUAGUCACCCAGACUACUUCAGCUCAAUGAAGUGGUCAGGGUGUCAGGUCCCUCUAGGGUUAACUCUGCCUGCUGUAAACAUAGCAGUUUCUUAGAAACUGCUAUGCUUACAUCUGGGGUUACGCCAGCCUCUAGUGGCUGUCUUCCGGACAGCCACUAGAGGCGCAUUGGCAAUGAUUGAGGCAUGUAAUGCCUCAAUCACGCUGAGCGUCCAUAGGAAAGCAUUGAAAAAUGCUUUCCUACGGACACUUUGAAUGCGCACGCGGCAGUGGCCCACAUGCGCAUUCGGCGCUGGUGACGUCAGACAAGGAUGCUGACGUCGGCGGGGGAGGAGAGGUAAGGGAGCCCGGCGGGGGGAAAGAGUGAGUAGCUGAAGGGGUUUUAACCCCUUCAGCGCCACGGGAGGGGGACCCUGAGGGUGGGGGCACCCUCAGGGAACUAUAGUGUCAGGAAAACCAAGCGGUUUUCCUGACACUAUAGUGUCCCUUUAACUAAACCCAUUAGAUUUUAGUUGUGUUGGUUAAAAUCUACUGGAGAUUUAGUCGACUAAAACAAAAACAACUCGGAUGACUAAAAUACGACUAAAACUAAGAUGGCUUUUAAGUCAAAAGACUAUGACUAAAACUAAAUUGAAAUUUGCUGCCAAAAUUAACACUGCUGCGUAAUCCGUAACUCUUCACUGUACCAUUAAGAGAUUCUUUCACCCAAGUUCAAGACAUUAGAUUAGCUCCAUUUAACAAAUUUAUUAAUGAUCAGUUCAGUUAUCCUUCUCUGUGGGAGGCUCUUGACAAGCAAUAUGCUUUAAUUCUGUUCAGAAUUCGGGCACAAGGUUCGCUGGCCAAUUUUUCUGUGCAUAUUUUGUUAAGAUUUUAUAUUGGUGGUAAUAAAGUGCUUCCUCCCCCUCCUCUUUUAUUACACGUCUUAUCCCCAGUAAUUCCUUAUUACCUCUUACCACGUCCCUCUCUAUUUCAGCCAAAUAUCUUGGCAUCAUCAUUUAAUGCCUCUGUCAUCUGAAUCAGGAGUAUAACCUUUUAUUACCUUUGUUUACUAACCCAACCUAUUUAUAACUAUGCGAUCCAUCUGCACAGUACUAUGCUAAGCUUCCCCUCAUGCACCCCUUCAGCUGUUCUACACCGGGAUCCAGUAAUUGCAAAUUUGGUGACUCUCCCUAUUACUCCGUCACCGUUUGUACAAAUUGUUGCUGCUACUUGAAUUCUACUGAAUGUUCUUUAUCAUGCUUAUGACACACACUCCACAAUCUUAAACCAUUUGUUCUACCUAUUUAAAUUCCCCUUUUUAACCUCCUUAUGAACUUCAUUUCUCUACUCCUUCUUGGUUGAACUUGUUUGUUCUUCUAUCUUUUUUAUUUUUAUUUGUUUUGUCCCCCUUGCCUCUCAGCAACUCCAUCAUUGCUUCCUUUUCAAAAAUCAAGAAAAACCUACCCUAAUUUCUUUUGAUUUAUGGUAUGCCUAUUAUUUACACUCCUGAUUUGCGUUCCCAUUUUAAUAUAUUUAUAUUUAAUAUGUUUUGGAAAGCAUCCUGGGUAAGUUCACUAUAUGCACAAUGUAAAAUAUGUACAUUUUGCAGUUCUGUUAUUUGACACUCAAAAACAUUUUGUUAAGCUUGAAUUACUUGUAAAGCGUUGCAGAAUGUUAGUGUCAUAUAAAUACUACUACUAAUAAUACAGAGUGACUUUAUUUUUGUGCUAUAAGUGUCCAAUUGCACAAUGAUAUUUUCCAUGUAGUUGUUUGAUACUCUAAAUUUAGUUCUUUGAUACGUUAAUAUUCAUAUAAUGAUCAAUUCUUGCAAGGUUUAAAGUGUGGAGCAAUCUGCAUUGUUUCCUCUGAUAUCCCGUUUACAGGUCUUUAUUACUGAGGAUCAAACCAACUCAGAACCUUCAGUGCGGAGUGUGCAGUGCGCAGAUGGGAGAACACGAACUGUUGAUCUGACGUUGCUUGAUGAGCUGGAAAAGGUUUUCAGUGCGGAAAUGGCUUAUGCUACAUUCAUCCCAUUCUCCUGUCUUAUCGGUAAGGGUCUUGCCUCGAUUUGUUGUUGAUUGAAACUGUUGCUCAUAUAAAAUCUUAGAGCUAUAAAAGUGGUGAAGCACUAGAAAGUACACAGUUAGAAUGGAACAGGCAGCAGCACCACCCAGAAAGGGGUCUCUCUUAUCUGGCUAGAAUUAGAAGGAGAAAUAUUGUAGUGGUAUAUACCAAAACAACUUUAGCAUAAGCGGGGGCGUAACUCGGAAUCACAGGGCCCUGGUGCGAGAAUCUGAGAUGGGCCCCACUUAUGCUUUCACUCAUACACAUACACACACAGUCAGACACUCUCAUAUCCACACACACACACACACACACACACAUUUAUUUGAUGUAAAAAAAUUUGAGGCCCACCCAGCCUCCCUGACUUUUGUGAGAGCUGGUGUGAGCCCUCUCUCUCCGUUCCAGUGGGGAUUUUCUCCCUGGGGUUCACUGUAGGUGCUUUAAUCUUUCACCUCCCUUACUGCUCCCUUGUGUGCCGCGGAGUGAUGCCAGGGCCGGAGUGGCGUCCUAUCCUGGCAUCACCGCAGAGUGCAUGAGGGAGCAGUAAGAAAGAGCAGGAAGAUCACGCCGCCUCCUCUAUUUUUCCCUCUAAACUAGUUUAUUUCGGCAGAGUAGGAACCUGCUUCCCUAGUAAGCAGUUGCCUACUCUCCCUUAGUGGAUAUACAACAACUGGGAGAUGGGGGUGAGAGGGGGCUAAGGUGGCCAGCUCACAUCACUGUACAUGUGGAGGAGAUACUUCACGUGUAAGGUCUGAAUCUUGGUUCCUGCUGAGAAUGUGGUGACUAAUGUUCAUGAGUUUUUAUUCUUAGUCUAUUAAACAUGUUGAUCACCAUUUCUGUCAUCCAGAGCUUGUCCAAAACAGUUGAGGCAAAUACCUAGCUUUUCUUGAUAGGUUGACCUUCGUGUUUCACCCAUACAUUCCUUAAAUAAGCACUGGUGGCUUUUUUUCAUACAAGAAAAAUAACAGCAGAGGAAGAGAAAACUGCAAAGAAUAAUACCCUGGGUUGACUGGUGGCUCUUUUUAUAAAGAUUGAGGCACAUACCGAUCUGCUUGAGGUCAGAGAUCUUACAAGAUCAGGCUGAAUGCAUCUAAUAUUUAUAUAAAUUCAUACUUUUUGUUUUGUUUUUUUCUCUGCAAGGUGAUGGCAUGAGUCAGUUGCUGCCCAACCAUGAUUUAAUUUGGAAUCUAACAAUGGACUAUCAAGAAGCUGUGAUUCCAAAGGAAAUGGACAGUCAAGUGCGACCCCAGGAGUACAAGUCAAGGAUAUAUAACCCACUACGUAGCGCUGAAGAUGACACCCAGUCGGGUACUUUUGGAAGUGUCUUGGUUGGCAACCGUAUACAAGUACCUAAAGAUAUCCAGUACACCGCAUCUAGGUCAAGUUCUUGCAGCCCUGUCAUAGAGAGCUUUCAAUCUGAUGAAAACUCUUUCAAGCAGGACCUGAAAAAGAGUGCGCAUAGCCUGUGUGGAAACUGGUUGGCAUACUGGCAGUAUGAGAUUGGUGUUAGUCAACAAGAACCUCACUUUUACUUCCACCAGAUCAAGCUUCAGAGCUUUGCGGGGCAUUCCGGAGCCAUCAAAUGUGUCCAUCCCCUAAAUGGAGAAGACUUUUUUUUGAGUGGAAGUAAGGACAAAACUGUUCGUUUGUGGCCGCUGUAUAACUAUGGUGAUGGCACCAAGGAGAUAGAACCCCGUUUGACUUAUACUGAACACAAGAAGUCUGUAUUUUAUGUGGGGCAGUUGGAGUCUGUUCAGCAGAUAGUAAGCUGUGAUGGAGGAGUCAACAUAUGGGACCAGUUUACAGGUAGGAAUUAGGUUUUAAUAGAUAAAAAGAACAUUAUUUUACGAUUGACAAAACGUUCUUUCUAGUUUGGACAAAUGUUUUCAUAAAUACAUCCUCUAUUGUGUUAUUUCAAAGAUUUCUAUAUUUUAUUACACACACAAAUCAGAAUGCAUCUUCUUCAAAUAAUGUAGUCUGCGUAGAAUACAAACUGUAUGGGUUUUAGCAAUGGAAAAUUGAAUUGCAGUGAACGGCUUCAGCCAUCUAUAUCCUAAUGCAGACUUCAAAUAAUUCUGAAAAAAAACAAAACAACUUAUAGAAAAACUCUUCAGAUCCUUAGAACCUGACCUGCGUUUUUAUUUACUUUUUUUCGUUAAUGUACUCAUCACACCGCAAAAAAUCUAUUAAAAGAGAAGAAAUAUUCUUCUGUCCUUCCAUGUACCCAUGAGAGUACCAGGAUUGGGAGAUAGUCAAUACUUUACUUACUCUCGUAAGUUAUAUCUGACUGCUGACGCAGCCACUUCAACAGUUAACUUUCAAUGAAGUGGUCUGGGUGCAGUAGUCCUAUCCCUUUUAACCAUGCAAUUUUUUUUUUAGAAACUGCGAUGUUUGCAUUGCACAAUUAAAUUUGCCUUAAGAGGCCGCCUUCCUGACAGCCAGUAAAACUUUGGCAUGUAAUGUGGAAGCCCCCAUUCGAAACUUUGUGCAUUACUUUCUUAAUCCUCUUCUAUGAGAAACAUUUGAUUGGACCAUUGUUGAGGAGGCCAUGUAACUGCAGGAAGUGGCGAGGUGAGCAGCUCCGAGGGAGCCUUGUGCGGGAAAAAGGUUAUGUUAAAACCAUUUAUUAUAUUGCACACGUGGGCAAGGGGAUUAAAACAUAAAAAAUAAAAAUACAUGUUUGUAUUACUAAUCAUUUAUUGUUCCUUUUAGUACAUGAAUACAAGUUGAGCUUCUGAGAACUAUUCUACAAAGUUAAUAUUAUGACAUGUAACAAACAAGACCACAAUGCCACAGUAGUGGCCAAAUAUGGGAAUAAAGUAAAUAAGAGACCAUUUUACCAUGUAUCAUUACUGAUCACAGCUUAACCUCUGACACACCACUUCCUGUUGUUACAAUCUACUGCAGACUUGACCAGUGACCUAGAUAAUGCUUGCAACAUAUAUUCAGCAAACUAUCUAAAACCAAAAUGGUCUGAAGAAGCCAGUGAGUCAUAAAAUACAAAUUUGUGGAGUGACUGAUGGUCUGCUUUGCUAUUUUAAAGCAAAGUUUCCUGUUUAUGCAGUACAUUUAAUCUACAAAACUCAUAUAAUAUGCUGUCACUUUACCUAAAAGUACACCGCUGGAUAAAACAUUGAAAAUCACCUAUAACUUGUGUUGAAACUUUUUUUUUUUUUUUUAAAUUAAAGUUAUUUAGUUUUAAAGUUUAUAUUAAAGGACCACUAUAGGCACCCAGACCACUUCAGCUUAAUGAAGUGGUCUGGGUGCCAGGUCCAGCUAGGAUUAACCCUUUCUGCUGUAAACAUAGCAGUUUCAGAGAAACUGCUAUGUUUACAUAUAGGUUAAUCCAGCCUCUAGUGGCUGUCUCAUUGACACGCUUCUUACAGUGAGAAGACGCCAGCAUCCAUUGGAAAGCAUUGAGAAAUGCUUUCCUAUGGACUGACUGCGCGUGCGGCUCUUGCUGCGCAUUCAGCCGAUGACGUCGGAAGGAGGAGAGUCCCCAGCGCCAAGGGAGUCCGGCGCUGGAGAAAGGUAAGAGUUUAACCCCUUUCCCCCUUUCAGUCUGGCGGGAGGGGGGCCAUGGGGGGGUACGACCUAUUAACACUAUAGUGCCAGGAAAACGAGUUUGUUCUCCUGGCACUAUAGUGGAUCUUUAAAGAUUUAGCAAAUUAAAUCACGAUCCAUUUCAGACAAGGCACAGCUGAGGCACAAAAUGCAAAUGAAGAGGAAAAACAGAAACAUUGUUUCAUGUCUCCUCUUCUCUGUAUGCUUUCUCUAUGCUGACUGACAGGUGCAAAGGGCAGAGCUUAUAACCAUGACAGACAGGGAGGAACUGAUUUGCAGUAUAAAGAGAUGUAAUUUUCCAUAUUUAAUUUUAUUUUCUCCCACCUUUAUUUACAAAAACAUAUUUGUUACCUAUAGGGGAUCAGAGGAGUUACAAAAAAAUCUUCAAAUAGCCUGGCAGGAUAGGUGUAUAGAAUGCAGUUGAAUGUCUGCAUUCUGUCUAUAUAAUUUACUUCUGAGAAACCUUUCUAAAAUGUGCUAGUUUACAUAAAAAAUUACCCCACGUACAACAUUUAAAAAUAAGUUAAAUGCUUUUCACUGAAUAUAGCUGCAACAGUGAAUAUGUGUAUAAACAAAGCUAAUAUCGGUUGCCUCCCAACCACACCCAUUUCCCCACAGAGGCAUAGGCUGCUCCAUAUCUAAAGGUAGGGUUACAUUGUCUUUUAUUUUUUUUAUUUUUUAAUACAUGCAUGCAGUACUGUGGUGAAUUCCUUGGCACAGCAUGCCAUCUGGUGGACAUUUGCAUUUGUAUCCUUUUUUUGCAGUCUAGAGUAGACCAUAUAAUAAUGUAACCAUUAGGGUGAUGGUGGUUUUGAAAGGAGAAUGUCUGUCUGUUUUUUUGUUUUUUGUUUUUUUUUUGGGAGGGGGGAGGGGGGGAAUCAAAACUGUGAAAUCGGUUUAGUCCUCAUUUAUAUUUUAAGCAAAAUAAACCUGUUUCACCACGCAUGUGUUAUAUAUUUUGGAUGUUUAACAGUGGAUGCAUGGGUAGUACAUGAAGUAUUUUAUUUAUUCUUUUUGAAAUAGGAAGAAAAUAAAAGGAUAAUCACACAUUGGUGGUUUUUAGAAAUGCUUGUUUGAAAUAUACUUAAUGGGCCGUAAAAAUCUUUCUUCAUUAUUCUUGUUCUAGAAGGAAUAUUACCUUUUCUUUUUUGUCAUGUUUUCCAUCUAGGUUGGGUAUGUGGAAAAUGUCAGUACAUCUUGCCCUGCCUUACAAACCGCUAUUGUUCAGUUCCAAAACAGCCUGCGGUUGGUUGGCAUGGAAUGGCAUAAAUGUAGGAAAAUGGCAAAAGUGACUGUAUCCAAAUGAAUGCAAGUCAACAUAGACCGUAACCAUAAAUCUACUGCCCCUGGCAUAAAGAGGCUGCUUUCUAUAAAAGGAGUUGUAUUCUAACCUUGGAUAGAGGUCUGCUGGUUGAAGUUAUCUGCUCACUGAGCACAUGUGGAUAUCAUCCAUAUUUCUUUUUGUCUUUUCAGUUACAUUUUAUUGGCAUUUUCAAAAGUAAAAACGUACCAGUAUACAGUGAACCUAAAACGAACCAAAUCAUAACGUAGAAAACCAUAAAAUUGAAAAACAAUGAGAAUACGAUAACCAUAUCCUUAAAGUAUUCUGAUGAGUUAAAGUUGUAUCAUCCAGAAUUUUAAUAAUUAGACAUUCCAGUCUGGAGAUGAACACUUUGUUUUGAUUCAUAUCUAAAAUACAUAAUUGCAGUUGAAUUUCUUUUUUUGUUUUCUACUAAUCUACAGCUAAUACAUGAAUUGGGAAGUGUCUCGAAAGCCUUAGCUCAGGUGUGGGGAAACUCCAAUUGUUGUGGACCAUGUCUCCCAUAAUGUGCUUAUAGCCAUAAUGCUGGGAAAGCAUCAGGGGGGGAUGUAGUUCACAACAUCUGGAGUGCCAAAGGUUGCCUAGCGCUGCUAGCUUAUCCUUUUGUCCAUUACUUUUCUUGGGGAGGACUGUCAAAAUGGGUUUAUGAGAUAAGUAGUUCUGCAGUAAAUCCAAACUACAUAGGAGCCGUACUUUAAUGAUCUCAUUUGAUAAAUAGCGUCAACCUAAGGCAUGAUCGAGUAGGGAGAGGAGAUUAGCGGCUAUAAUAAUUACAAAUUGCUACAACAAUUAUGAACUUGAUGAACGAAGGCAAGGACUUUCCUGCACGUCUGUGCUGUGGGUACAAGUGGCUAGUGUUCUGUUAACAAGUAUUAAAUGUUGAGGCUUGUGUUAUUUCCAUGGUUUGCUAAUGAUAUUACAGCUUCUUUAUGUUAGUACACUCGAGCAAGUAUUUUUUUACUUGCAAAAGCUGUAUAUCUUGACUCAAAAUAUAAAAAAUAAAACCUUUUGUAAAGAGCGUCAUGAGAUAUAAAAACUUUUUUUCCUUUGUUAAUGUUUACUUAUUUUAUACUCUGGGAGAUGACCACUAACUCCACAGCUGUGGGAUCGUUCCUUCAAAUCUUCACUAGGCAAGCACAGGGUCUAAUAGUUCAUUGAGAACUGGGGAUACCCAUUGCUUCUAACAGUAAUGGAAAAUAAUGGGAAGUGGACAUAAUUAAGAGCAAAAAAAAACUUGUAAAAUGGAAAAAACAUGCAUGUGAAUUUGCAAAAGACUUGAUAUAGUUAUGACUACAAAACUGUAUACUUUGAGCACUGUAUAUUAAAACAAUAGAAAAACUUAAAAUGUUCUAGUAAAACACUGUAAAAUUUCCUCAUGUAAAUUGGUCACUCACACAUUGCAGAGCAAAGAUUUGCUCUGCUUUUUAAGCGUUCUGUAUCUCUGGACACUUUCUUUUUGAGAGCACUGUGUAGUAAUUUUAGCAGUAGCUUUAUUAAUUGUAAUCCAAUCCUAGCACACACAAGUAGUAGUUUUGCAGUAGAUAGUUAAGAACUCAAGAAUCAAAGUAUGCCCACAGCCACAGAUUGUACUUUUCAAAAUACAUUUUUGCAUUCAAGUGACUGGUGCACUGCUUCUCUACCUCUUGCUACUCUAAACAUGCUGUAACCAAAGACAUAAGACAAGUUUUUUUUUAUUUUUAUUUUUCUUUAACAGGAAAAACCAUUCGAACCUACGAGGCUGGAGAUAUUAAAGUCCCCGUCACUGCAGUUGCCACAAUGCCACCCCCCUAUAACAGUGUGACCAUAGGAAGCUCUGACUCUAUACUUCGUUUUAUUGAUAUCCGGAAACCAGGCCUACAGGUAACUUUCUUAAAAUAAACAAUCAAUCUCAUUAAAUUUUUUUUUUUUCUAAUGUUAACAUCCUUGUACAGAUUUAAAUAGUUGUGUGCGAAAUACUAUACAGGAGGUGGUACUGCACCUGUUUUAGAGACUGACCUGCAGGUAUCACAUUCAGGUGCCAGUACAAGGUUCUCUGCAUCCACGGCUUUCAUUCAGUUACUACAGGUAAGUGCAGCAGAAGCUUUUCUUAUAUAUGUUACAGUUAAAGUGAGAAAUCGGUUAAUGUGCACAUUACUUAGUUAAUCUGCAGAUUAACUGAUUUGCUCUGUCAAAGUGCGGAAUCAAGAGUUAAAGUGCAAAAUCUUUGUUUCUUUCCCUCGGUAAAAAGAGGAAUUCUUUAUUACAAAAAAGUCCUUGAAGAACCUGUUUCACCCUUUCAGUGCAGUCUCUGCAGAGUUGUUCACUUCUCGUCUGAAGGCAGAAAGAUUCUGUGUGAACCUGUCUCGAUUCUUUUUGUGAGCAAGUUCCUUUCAAUGCCCUCCACCAUCAAAUUCUCAAAGCAUAGACUGCUUGUUGAUUCUCAGAGGGGGGCUGGCUACUAACAAUGCUGCUCCCUAAGUCCGAGAAAUACUUCUCUCAUUGAGGAGAAUGAGACCAAGGAGCUUAUGGACCACUGAUUCCGACAGUCUUCAAAUAUAUGAUGAUAUUGAAAACAGUGGAGAGCAUCUGCUGGGAUCAUUUCAGGGUGUUGCUGCAUAAUGUGCAGGAAGCGCUCGAUCUCUUGUGGUGGUGGGGGCUCCUCGUUUCUUACCAGUUCGGGAUAACUGUUUGAAGAGUUAUGUGACUACGUGGUCCAGACAAGAACAGAACUGCAGGCUGUGCACACCAUGGUGUCCUCCAGAGCUGUGAGCCCCUCAGAGAUGGAGGACAGAAUGAUUAUUUUGCACUUGAACGAGUGCCUAGUAUAUAAUGUGCAGAUUAUCUAGGUAAUUUGCAGAUUACCUAGGUAAUGUGAGAAAUAUUUGAGAAACGAAAUAAUUUUCUGCACUUUUAACUUUUAACUGAUCGCCCUAGUUAAUCUGCAGAUUAACUAGGUAAUGUGCACAUUAACUGAUUUCUGCACUUUAACUGUAACAUAUAUAUACUCUGCAAAGUACAUAGAAACCACAGUGCUCUGUAUUAAAUUAUGAUUUUUUUUUUUUCAGUGGAAAAAGAGAGAUUUUUAUUAAAUGGUACUACAACCACCUGACCACUUCAGCUUUUUAAAGUGGUCAUGGUGGUAGGAGCUUGGAUUCGCAGUGUUUCAGCUUGAAACACUGCACAUCUGGAGACAUUGGCAAUUGUGUGCUGGGGGCUCGUUAGCAACAGAUAUUGUAGCCUGAAUCUGUUCUAUAAAUUUGUUCAAACAUAAACUUAUCCAAAUGUUGUCCAUAGAAUUAAAGUUUGGUUUUCCGAUCAUGUUGUAUUUGUAUGCCAGCGUUGGAUAACAUCCAUUUUGUGGUUGGGUGCUUUGAGACCCUUACAGUGUACGUUUUAUUUUUAUUUUUUUUGAUUCUGAUUCUGUUUUCGUAUUACUUAGUAAUGAUCUUGUGAAGUUCUCACGGGUCCUUGUCAGUCAUCUUUUCCCAGUUUAGUUUGUCCAGGAGUGACACAUUUUGGAGAUCAUGCCUCUUGACACACUACAAAUUUUAAUUUGACGGCUGUUGUACCAGUUAGUGCAACAUUAAUUCCAGCACCAACGUUUUGGCCUCCUAAACAAAGUGCUAAUUGUUACCCGUCCUUUAUAGCUCAUGCAUCUCUUUCAACUCUAUGUUUCACCCUAGCAGAUGUUUGUAAUUUUUACUGUUUCUUCAGAGUUAAACCAAUGCAAGCAGUAUUCAUAGUUGAGUAGAGAAAAGGGGUGUGGAUUGGUAAUAGAUUAAGGAACAAAAGCAGAAAAAAUGCACAAGAAGAGUGCGUAAAAAUGUUACUGGGGGUAAAAAUGUAAUAUAAAACAGAACAUCUUUAUUACGUUCAUAUUUCAUGGAAUCUAUUAGACCGUGUCAAAUGCCAAGAAUUCUCAGCUCACAUGUGGACACCACUUUCCGACACAAAGAAGAUGAAGUUUAGAACAUUUUUUAAAAUCUAUUGAUUAAAAUAACUUUGCACUGCUGUACAGGAGGAAUGUCAUACAUUUUGCUCAGAAAUUAUUUUCCGUGUACAAGCUCUAGGGAAUAUUAAUGACUAACAGAAGCAUACCUCUAAUGAAUAUAAUCUACUUUCUAUUUAAAAGCCACAUGACUUCUUCCAAACUGUCAGCCACAAAGUCCCACACACAUUCUAAAUCUCUGCUACUAUUUCCUUUGUUACUUAGAGCACAUUGACCAUUUCUUGCCAAAUUCCUCAUCUGGCCACUAAAGCCCUUAUGCUAGCAUGCAAUUCUCUCUUUAGCAUUGCCAGCACAGUAUAGUUCAGAUAUAGCUAAACGAGUGGACCAUACCAUUUCAGCAAAUUCUAAUUGAAGAACACAUGGUUAUGACAGAUAGUAUACUAAUUUAGCAACCUAGGAUAUUCUGCUAUAGAAUCUAUUAAAAAUUACUAUGGCCAUAGUGUAAAAAAAAACAAACAAAAAAAAAACACACAUUGUGACAUGCACAUUUACAAACAUUAGUGAAUUUGCUUUUAAAAAUGUCCCCCACAUCAAUCACUCUCCCAAACAAGCAAAGCUGUGCCCAGUAUUUGAUAGGCAAUCCCUCCAAAAUAUCACCUAACCCCAAGCUAAAUUCGCCACCAUACUCAUAGGUUCGUACAAGUGGCUAGUUACUGUAGCUGUUGAAUGGGACUACCAACAAAAGGAAAACUGACCAUACCAAAAAUAAUCGGGUGGGAUUGUAAAAAAGGAAAAUUUUUAAUUUAAAAAAUAAGAAAAAAAAAAAAUGUAGUGGGCUCCCACAAGGGGGCACUAUAAGGACUCCUAUUUAAGGACCAAAUGGUGUCUCUUGAUCUAUUUAUCAAACCCACCACGACUGUGGUCCCAAUUUAUUAUCCUUAAUACAUGGAAAGUUGUAAAAUUGUUAACUUGUUUAAUAGAACAACAUCAAGCACACUUUAAAUCAUUUGCAACAAAGUAAACAGAAGUGAACUGGUGUUAUUAGUCUGCUAUAAUGUGCACAAGAAACUAAAAUGGAAAAAUCAGCAUUGGGCUGACUGUAAACACCCCAAUAGCGCGGAGGCUAAAAUGGAUAAUGGUAGAAUAAAAAUAUCCUUGGCUCUGUACGAAUGUACUCUAUUAUCCUAACAUUAUUAGCCCUAGGUGAGUGUGAGAAUCCUGUCCACCUUUCCUUUAUCCCAGUUAAACCCUCCAUUUGAAUGAAAAGUACUUUAGCAAUCAUCUAAGACAGAGCCAUCAAACAUAUGGCUCCAGGACCUCUGUUGCUGCUAUAAGGAUCGACUGUCAAUUCUGCAUACUGCUGAUCUCUUCCCAGUCAUUUAUUUCCAUCCAGGAGGCACUUUUUUGCACCAGGUUUUAUACAAAAUUAGAACAGUCACAUGGUUCCAGUGUUGCAAGCUUUACAGUGCCAGAACGAUAUACCUGGUGUAUUGGGGUCACCAGAAGCGGCCUGGGCGUCAGUAUCAAAGAAUGAGGCUGACCCAGCCUGCACUGACCUUUUCUCUACGUAGGCCUUGUGGCAAUACCUGUGGUCAGUGUCUACUGCAGAGAGACGGAACUUGGUAAAAACACAUAUAAAUUUGCCUUUGAGGCAGUUAAUGUAUUUUUACUUGUGAAAUUUUAUGCCAGCUCUCUUUAGAAUUAGCAAGAGGAUAUGAAGAGGGGAGGGGGGGGGGACAUUAACUGGCUAAGAAGUGGUAAAUAAAAUAUAGAGAAAUUUACGUAUUAGGAAGCUACCAAAAAAAUGAGAAUGGAGGGAAAGUAUAAAUUUUUAUGUAUAUUCCUGCACAUAAGAGGGGUCAUUUACAACAAUGAUAUGAAUUACAGUUGAAAAUAAAUAAAUAAAUAUAGUUUGAGAAUGGGGGUGGGCUGAGGGAGGGGGUCUAUGCAUUGGUGGUUUCUGGAAUGGUUUAUCAAAUUGAAAUAAACAGUUAUUGAAUUAAUAAUACAUUUAAUCACUGAACAGAAGUGUAAAUUCAGAGACCGCGCUCCUUGCUUUCAGCAAUUCAUUAAUAUUUUUUAUGAAAGGCUGUCAAACAAAUAAACAAUACAUAUAAACUCGUUAUAAGCUAGUAUAUGUUGUCACUAAAACUAGUCAUUGGUUGAGUGUACGAAAUGUAGUGAAAUGGGCAUAGACACGUGAUUUCCAGUUUCCACUCCAUUGAGCAGCAGAUGAAAGUAAGAGAGAGAGUUUGUAGUAUUUUGCAUGGCUUUUAGCAGGAUAGCCCUAACUUCUGUUACACACCUCCGUCAGCCAAUCCUUUAGGAUCUAACAGAACCAGAGUGACUCCUUAGAACACAAGAACACUUUGUUGGCAUACAGUUGGCUGUUAACGCCGUUAAUAAAUGUUUACUGUUUGGUUCAAUUUAUUUCAAUAGCUUUGUUUAUAGAUGUAACAAACGUUCGUAUUUCGUAUUCCCGUUCAUUUGGAUCCACCCCCCCAACAGCUAGGUACUUAGUGAUUAUAGCUCGCAGUUUGGGUGCUGAUUCGUACGUUCCCUAAGAACCCAGGUGCAGCAUACAAGUAAAUACCGCUGUUUCAGCAAUCACAUCCCCAAACAUCAGUUGAGACUAAAUGAAGGGCACAACAACACUUUAUUAUGCCACAUGCGGCUUUUAUGCAUAACCCCGUGCAAGGGGUUUUCCACCCAUCCAACCAGGGUUUCUACCCAGGAUCUUCUUUACCCGUGAGCCAGUGCGCGGGAAAGGGGACCUAGUCUCUGUCUCCCAGGUACAGAAAGCCCACACCCAACAACAGGGGUCUUCAUCCCAGGAUCCUCUGUACCUGGGAGCCCAGGCGUGAGAAAAGGGACCCAGUCUCUUUGUCCUCCAGGUGCAGAAAGCCAGCCAAACUGGCCAGUGCCCCAAAAGUGUCAACCUCCAGAACCCCCACAUCAAGCAUUUCCCGACUGGCAAAGGAAGCAUUUCCUAUCUGGAUACGAAUGCUCCCCCCGGGUGGCGUUCGUCUAUACGAAAUGGCUGCCCCCCAUGGGAUCACUCAUUAAUUACUUCCCUUGCGAUUUCGCAUUUAUGUUGCAGGUGAGAACGUUCUGAUCAAUUAGUGUGAACAUUCUAAUGGGGCACCGGGGUGGUCCCCGUUCGGGAGACUUAGGGCUUCCAUUCCUAUGAACGCUCCUGAACAGGGCAUCGUACGUGAAAAGCUAGGGGAAACACAAUAAUACAAAGGGGAAAACACACAAAUGAAUGAACAGGGGAUCUGCCACAGGCACCAGGGAUGUAGUUUCGUCACAAUAGAGACAUUUUGUUUCUUUAUUUAUUUCGUAUGAUGCAAUGUAUUGCAAAAUAUGAUGAGCUUUAAAUGUGCAUUUAUUUUUGUGAUGCCAACAUUAUAGGACCUUUAUUGGUAAAAACCUAUUGACAUUUCAUGGAUUUGGAUGCUUAGAAAUUCUUUCCUUUUCCCUUAUUGUUCUGUUAAUGUUUCAUUUGUUUAAGCCAGACCCAUUUUCCCUGCCAAUAAGCAGAUAUUUUUUGUUCUAUUCAUUUUCAAAUCCUGCACAUUUUAAUAUUUGUAAUUACAUGUUUGAAUAAGCCAAGCGAUUUAACAUAUUCUACAUAUCUGGUAUCCUUUUACUCAAAGUACACAGGACAAAAGAAUAAGUAGGAAAGUGGAAUAUAAAUGUUAAAACAAUGUCAACAGUCAGUGGAAAUGUAGUACAUCCUUAUUGGGUUUACAGUGAACAUAGAGUAUUUUUAAGAUUGUUCACUUAUCUCAAUAUAUAACAAAUAUGGCUUUGUGAAAUGCUGAAAAUAAAGUUAUAUUAUCAGUCAUCACUUGUUUCUACAAAUGGGUGCCUCUGUUUUACCUCCAUGUCAGUCCUUAUUAGAAGCUCUGCUCUGUGUAUCUUACAAUAAGUGUACAAAACAUUUCAUGAAAAAGCUUGACAGAUGUUACAGGUGAUUUUCAAUGUUCAGGUUUUUUUUUUUUUUUUUGCAAUGGUAUAAUUUGUAGAGAUUUAACAGUUCUCCUUUAAGACCUAUAGUACCUAGAGUAAGAUUGGAACCUGUAUAACCGUGUACCCAUCAACCUAUUUUAGAAGUUUAUAAUGUGUAGUAAUACUCCUGAAAUACACUGAUCAGCCAUAACAUUAAAACCACCUGCCUAAUAAUAGGGAAGGUCCACCUCAUGCUGUCAAAACAGCCCUGAGGAGUCGAGGCAUGGACACCACAAGAUCUCUGAAUGUGUCCUGUUGUAUCUGGCUCCAAGACAUGAUCAGCAAAUCCUUUAAGUCCUGCAAGUUUUCAGGUGUGACCUCCAUGGAUCAGAUUUGUUGUUCCAGCAUAUCUGACAGAUGCUCAGUCAGGAACACCUUGAUCUUUUUGUCAUGUCCCUCAACCAUUUCUGAACAAUUUUGCAGUGUGGCAGGGUAGGUACAUUAUCCUGCUGAAAGAGGCCACUGCCAUCAGGCAACACCAUUGUCAUGAAGGGGUGUGCGUAGACUGCAACAAUCUCUUGGUAGGUGGUACGUAUUAAAGUAACAUCUGCAUGAAUACCAGGACCCAAGGUUUCUCAGUAGAACAUUACCCAGGGCAUAACACUCUUCCCAUAGUGCAUCCUGCUGCUAUCUCUUCCCCUGCUAAAUGACACACAUACACCAGGCCAUCCACCUGAUUUAAAAGAAAACGUGUUUCAUCAGACCAGGCAACCUUCUUCCAUUGCUCCAUCGACUGUUUUUUGACGCUUACUUUCCUGUUGAAGAUGCUCUAGUCGGUGGACAGGUGUCCUCAUGGGCACUCUGACCGGUCUGCGGCUAUGUAGUCCUAAAUGCACAGCACUGUGUGUUCUGACACCUUAUGGCCAGCUUUAAGCUUUUUAGCAAUUUGUGAUACAGUAGCUCUUCUGUGUAAUCGAACUAGACAGGCUAGCCUUCAAUCCUCAUGUGCAUCAGUCAGCUUUGAGCUUUCAUGACCCUGACACCGGUUCACCGGUUGUCCUUCCUUACACGACUUUUGGCAAGUACUAACCACUGCAUGCCGGGAACACUCCACAAGACUUGCCAUUCUAGAGAUGCUCUGACCCGUCUAGCCUUCACUAUUUGGCCCUUGCCAAUGUCAUUCAUAUCUUUUCGCUUGCCCAUAUUUCCUGCUUCCAAAACAUGACAAUCAAGAACUGACUGUUCUAUUGCUGCCUAAUAUAUUCCACUCUUUGACAGGUGCCAUUGUAACAAUAUAAUAAAUGUUAUUCACUUCACCUGUCAGUGGUUUUAUAGCUGUGGCUGAUCAGUGUAGAUGCAUUAUAUUAAUCUACAUUAUUCUGAAACAUGGCUCAUUUAAAUACCCAAAGGGUAUUGUACAAAUAAAUGUUGUAUUUCCUGCACUAGAGUUAAUAAAGAUGAUUUUCCACAAUCAUUCUUUCCUCUACAUGGUAAUACAUAGAUCUAUAUGUCCAUGAAGGAGAGCACUCAAUGGACUGACUUAAUGUAUGGAGCAAAACAAAUCUGUGCUUCAUUUCAAACUGUGGACUUUCAUCAGGAUCCAAGUCUACUGAAUAUGCUCCUUCGUGGAAUUGUAGACAUUAAACUGGAGUUUGCAACACUACAUACAUAUCGUGCUAUGGAAUAUAUAUAUGUGUGUGUGUAUAUAAAAUGUAAAACGUACAAGGUCCAGCGCAGUUACUCAUUCACUAAACCACAAUUGUUUCAGCAGAAAUGUAAGUUUCUGGGGUUUUUUUUAACACUUCACCUUGGCACAAACAAUGGGUUUUUUGUUUUUUUUACAGUAUAAGAUCAUGCAUUGCAUAAGCCUGCCACAACGUCAAUGUGCCCCAUUUUUGGCAGGUCCUAUCCUAGCAACCUAAUGCCUGUCCUUGUGAGAUUAAUCCACUUACUUGGGAAAUGCUUACUCCUGUGACUCUCUGCAGGGCAAGGUUAAUUAAGGCCAUGGAAUGGAGUACUUGUGUGGCAAGGAGGUGUGAAAAACUGGGGAGCUGGCCUGGACUCAGUUACUUACUUAUAAAGUGCUGUAGCUGUAACACAACAUACAUUUCAGGGCUAUGGAAUUUCUGUAUGUUUGUAUAUAUAGAUAUAAUAUUAUAAUCUGUCUAGCUGAGUGGUUUUUAAACAUAGGGUACCAAAAUGAACUCUGCUUAAAUUUUUGUCUCUAAAUUUUGUAAUGCAUGGUAUCACUUCAGACAAUUUAAUGUCAUUAGGCAAUCUGUCACAACUAACACUUUUGAGCUUUUGCACCAUCACUGCCAACAUAGCACAUCCUGUCGUUCAGAACAUUACUGUGCUAAUUAAUUCUCAUCCCUAGAUGCUAGAGGAAAAGCUAUUCAAGGCAAAAUUGUCCUCUCUCCCAGAUAUAUCAUGCAAGUUUUGGAACUCCGAUAAUCUUGUGUUCGAGUUUGCAGAAAGCAUAAUUACUUUUGGAUCCCACUGCUUAUUUAUAUUUGUAUUUCUUCCAUGUCCUGUAGCAUGAAUUCAAGCUGGCAAGCUACGCAAAUGUAGGGCUUAUACGAUACUUGGCUGUUAGCCCAAAUGGACGCAGUGUUGUGGCAGGAUUUUCUUCUGGGUUUAUUGUGCUGCUGGAUACCAGAACUGGCCUGGUGCUAAAAGCAUGGCCUGCACACGAAGGAGACAUCUUGCAGAUGAAGGUAAGCCAAAUGGAAUGUUUAACCCAUAUUAAACUUUCUUAAAUUAAUGUUUUUGGAUAUGUCAUACUUACUAAAAGCAUUUAAAUUUAAAGGGACACUCUACAGCCCUGCAAAAUAAAUAACUUUUUUUAGUUGAUAUACCCCCAGUAAAAACAUGUACGCAUUUAAUUAUGCAUUUUUUCCAUUGUGAGUAUGUCAGAAACUGCCUGCAAAAGCUGCAGAUCUCAGCCUCUGCAAGCCUUCCCCUUCUUACCCUGCCCAGACUUUGUGUUUGUCCAAUCACAGACUAUCCAAUGCAGCUCAAUGAGAAGUCUUUGCAAGGCAUGUGCUCUGGACAAUUGCUGCAUCUUGCGUUUAGCUCCGAUGAGCUAACCAAACCAGGAUGUAACUGGACUGAUGUAUGAAAGCCAGGGGCUGUAACAAGGUUAAUUUAUAAAAGUGCCAAUUUCUAUUUAAAUCUGGACUUUAUGUACAGUGGAAAAAGAGGACACACUCAUCACAUAUAAAAGCACUUCAGCAAGGCGAGGGAGGGAGAAGCUAUAGUGCCAGGAAAAAGAGUUUGUUUUCCUGGCAUUAUAGUUUCCCCUAAAAAAAAAAAUAAAAAAUAAAAAAUACAAAGAACUAGAAGUGCACAAGACUUUCAAGUCUCUCAGCUGUCCACACACAAAACAUAAAUGUAUUAAAUGUUUAGAAAGUAAUAAUAUUUAGAUGGGGAAAAAAGCAUGAACUUAUUAAAAAGUUUUUGAAGCAGGGGGGCGGAGUUUAGCAACUAAACCGUGUGGACACCAUUCUUGGGUGCUCCGGCAAACCAAUGGAGAAUCAACCGUAAUCACUGCUUCUGGAGCAAUAUCAGAUCGAAACUAAGCAUCGAAACUAAGCAAAAAGUGCAUAAGCCUAUGCUUUCUUCUGCCAGUUCACAAGCCAUUACCAGUUUAUGUUCAUGCUUUAUCUAUAUAUUUAUCAGUUUUAUAGUCCACCCCAUUCUCCCCCCCGCCCUCCCAAUAUGGUGGCAUCUAAAGAAAGGCUACAAGAUUACCUGCGGGUACUUUACUUUCCACCCCACACACGAUACCACCACAAUAGGGCUACUGCGCUGGCAGUCGUCACCUCUUUCCCCCCACCUCCCAUCCCCCCACCCCCGUGUGGCCCCCUUGGUUAACUUUAACACAUAUGCAGACACCUGACACACGUGGUGUGUCGUUGUUAAGGGAGUGACCGUCCAAAUAAUAAUUUCUUUCCCCUGAACCCAAGCUAGGGUUACUGCUGGAUAAUUUUUAGUACAGUAUCACUUUCUUGUUGGCCGUUAACUUGAAUAGUUAGGGAACAGUCGUGUUUGUGUCCAGGUCCAGUGGUAUAUCUCAGAUAUCCUUUUGCAUGACUGCAAAGUGGUCUAAUCACCACAUGAACCAGUAUGUGAGGUUACACCCUUAUCAUUUUCUGUUCCCUUGCGUUUCUUUUCUUGUUCUUAUUAUAUAUAUAUAUAAAAAAAGUGUCUUGAUUCAAUACUUGCCAUGUUAUUGACCUGAUGUCUCUCCUACUGUGAUGUAUUGCACAAGCAGAUUCAUGUUUUGUCAUGCUUCUACCUCAAUAAAAAAGCGUGACCAAAAAAAAGUUUUUUUUUUAAGCAAUUCAACCAGGGUUUCUUAUGUAUAACAACCAAAAAUAAUAAGUGGAUAAAACAGGCGCUCAUAAGCAUUUAACAAUAUAUAUGUUUUUUUGUUUUUUUUAAGUGAAAUAAAAAUUAUAUGUAUAUCCCUUUUUAAAGUGCAAAAUAUUUUGUGCAAAACAGAACACUUUCUUGUGCAAAGAUCAGAUUGCAAGAAUAUCAGUGUAACCUUCUAUAAAUGUAAAGUGAAAGUCAAUAGUAAAUAGCAAUCAAUGUGUCCUUAUUCUGAUAAAAUUGUAGCAGCCAAAAAACAAUAUAAGGAUCCCCGUACAUAAAUUAACUCAAAAACUUGAAGCACAAAUAUCUACCACUAUUUUGCGCAUCAACAUUUUGGGUAGAUUUAUGUAUGAGGGUUUCUUAUGUACCUGAAUGGCAUAUAGUGCCCAUAAUACACCAACACAACAAAUGGCAUACACAUAGCACACAACACCUACCGAACACUAGCACUAAAUCUAAUUAUUGGUGAGUUCUCGGGUGGCUUGUUCAGUUUGUCAGUGAUGCCCUAGUUCAAGAUGCAUGUACUUCGAGAGACCCAGAUAUUCUGGCGAACCUUGUGUUCUCCACGUGCUAUUGCCAUUAUGCCAGCUCUUAGCUCCAGUUCAGCAGGAAGUCGCCCUCGGGAACGUUCUAUGUAGUUGUGUUCUGAAGUUCCAGAGAUUGAGGAAAAAAACACACUUAGUUUUUAGCAGGUCUCUAAAUUGCUUUUCCAGCCCUGAACAGGAACUUGUGUGCGUUGCCCACAUUCUUCUUUUAUAUUUAGAUAUUUAUUGUUUUAUGCCUCUGCAUUUUUUAUAAGCCUGACUGUGGAAGGAACUCUCUGCUACAUUAAUCAAUAGCGUAUGUGUGCUGGUUGCUGCUGAAAUUUCUUUAUUGAAUAAGCCUUAUACAUUAUUCCAUACAUUUUGCUUUUUCUGCCAAUCUGCUUGUGAUAUCAUAUUUUAGGGUGACCGCUACUUGACAGGGGACGCCUAUAAAUGAUACACUGACAAUAUUUUCAUGCAAGACCUUUACGGUUGGCUGCAAUCUUAUCGGCUACUGACCCCCACAACCUAAAAUCAUUAGGAUGUUUGUCUCUGUUAAGUACUGGGGGUUAAAGGUCAGGAUGUGUGGGCAGUUAAAUCAAUAUGUGAGCAUUCUACCCAAUUGAGAUUUGAAGUUGGAACAUCACAUCUGCCCAUUCUGUUGUAACUGUUAUUAGUAAUAAUGGUCUGUUGUGUUAUUGUUAAUAUAUCAACUUCAUAAGUAAAUUAUAUGCGGUGUAAUGUGCUUACUUAGAAUUUUUGGAGUUAUCACACCUCUGAAGCAGAUGCUGUUAUUUUCUUUGGACUAGCUAAUUGGCUGUAAUGUGUUAUUUCAGAGAAAUGCCUUCAAAUAAAAGUUCUGAUAAAUAUUAAAGGAAAGCUGUAUAGUGUUAGGAAUAUAAAACUGUAUUCCUAAUGCUCUAGUGUCCCUGUCCCUACUCCUUUAUUUUGAUUUUUUUUUUUAAUCACUACCCCGCCAUUGCAUUAGAAUCUAAAAAUAGAGAAAAUUUAUGACAAACUUACCGUAAUUUUCUUUUCCUGGCUAUUUCUCAUGGCAGCAUCACUUAUGGGUAGCUCCUCCCUUAGCAGUCACAGGACAGGAAUUAGAUUAAUUAAUCAGACUGAUAGGUAUAAGGAGUCCCUCCUCCCCCUACACCUCAGUCCAAUUAUAAAGCUGAAAUAAAGAAUGGGCGGGAACCCUGAUGCUGCCAUGAGAAAUAGCCAGGAAAAGAAAAUUACGGUAAGUUUGUCAUAAAUUUUCUCUAUUCCUGGCUAAUCAUGGCAGCAUCACUUAUGGGUAAUACCCAAGCUUCACAGAAAAAUAGGGCGGGAAUAAUAAUCCAAGAAAUUACACAAGCUGAAAACACAUGCAGCAAAGAAAAGUUUAAUAUCAACGGGAUAAAGAGACCGUAGACAGGACACUCUUUCCAAAGGAGGUGGAAGGAGACUCCACAUCAAGUUUGUAGUGCUUCAUGAAUGUCAUCGGAGAAGACCAGGUGGCUGCUCUGCAAAUAUCAUCGUAUGGAACCUCUGCCCAGCUAGCCCAUGAAGUUGACAAUGCUCUAGUAGAAUGAGUUCUUAUCUCCCGAGGUGGUGAUAUACCUUUAGAGAUAUACGCCUUCUUAAUUAUCAGAGAAAUCCAACGUUUCAACGUAGAUAAAGAAGCCGCCUCACCUCUCCUUGCUCCCAACGGCAAAACGAAGAGUUAGUCCGUUUUACGGAAAGACUCAGAGCGUUUAAGAUAUGCAGACAAGCAGUUCAUGACAUCCAAACGUUGCCAUCUAACCUCCUCCUGAGAAGAGGGGUUGGGGUAAAAUGAUGGAAGAACCACUUCUUGAGAGAGGUGAAACUGAGAAACUACCUUAGGAAGAAACUCUGGUUUUGGUUUCAGACACACCCUAUCUUGGUAGAAUCGUAAACAAGAAGAUGAUGUAGAAAAUGCCUUAAUUUCCGAAAUCCUUCUUGCGGAAGUAAUUGCCACCAAAAACAACGUUUUAUACGUCAGGAGAGUAGCAUCCAAACUUUCAAGAGGAACAAACAGAUCCUCAGUGAGAUAAUUGAGCACCAUAGGAAGGUCCCAAGGAGGGGUAGUAGAUCUGGAAGGAGGCCUCAACCUGAAGGCCGCUUUGAAGAACCUGGAAAUCAAAGGAUCCGAAGCCCAUGAGAUGUUGCACAAAGCUGAAAGUGCCGAAGACUGAACCUUCAAGGUGCUGAGGCUAAGGCCCUUGUCCAGGCCCUCUUUCAGAAACUCCAAAACUUCAGUAUUGCUAGGAUGCAGAAAGUCCACAUUAUGAGACGAAGCCCAAGUUUGGAACACAUCCCAGAUCCUAUGGUAGCAUGAAAAAGUGGAAGCCUUCCUGGAGCUCAGAAGGGUAUUGAUCACUGCCUCCGAGAGACCUAGUGAUUGGAGUCUUUCCUUUUCAAGACCCAUACCCCCAGUUUGAGGCGUUCCGGAUGAGGAUGGAAUACAGGGCCCUGCGUUAGCAGAUCCUCCAAUGCUGGCAGAGGCCAAGGUUGUUCCUGACUCUUCAUGGCCAAUAGGGGAAACCACGGUCUCCGAGGCCAAAUCGGAAUUACGGCAAUGACUUUCCUGCCUUCUGACCAAACCUUCCGCAGGAACCUGGGUAUCAUGGGUAGGGGAGGGAAAGCAUACCCCAGAUCGAACGACCAAGGGAAAGAGAGAGCAUCCUGGCCCAGUGCCUGACAGUCUGGAUGGAGAGAGAAGUAAUUCUCUACCUGGUGAUUCUGAGACGAUGCCAUCAGGUCGAUCUGGGGCAUGCCCCACCGAUGAGCAAUUUCUGCAAAGAUCGCCGGGUGAAGAUGCCAUUCUCCCGGAAGAAUUUCCUUUCUGCUGAGGAAGUCUGCUGUUACGUUCUCCGAACCUGGGAGAUAAAUCGCCUUCAGGCCUUGAAGAUACGUCAUGGCUAUAGCCAUUAAGGGAGUCAGCUCUUCCAGGAGCAACCUGCUCCUUGUGCCACCUUGGUUGUUCACAUAUGAGGCAACUGUUCGGUUGUCCGUUUUUAUUAGGACCCAAGAAUUCCUUAGCCUUGGUAGGAAUCUCAAAAUGGCCUUGUAAACCGCUCUCAGUUCCCUUAAGUUUGAGUGUAGGCGACUCUCUUCUCGGGUCCACUUCCCUUGAGUCCAUAUAGAACCGAAGUGGGCACCCCAUCCAAAAGAACUGGCAUCUGUUGUAAUAACCUUCCAAGGGGGGUCCUCCAACGGGAAGCCCGUUGUCAAAUUCCUCUCGCUCUUCCACCAGUUUAAGGUCUUCCUUACGGGAAGGGGGAGAGAUAUAAUUUGUUCCCAAUCUGCUUCCACUCUGUUGAACUGGAGAAGAAAGCAGUUCUGGGCCGGGCGGAGCUUCCACUGGGCCCACUUCACCAAGCCUAUUGUUGAUGUCAAGGAACCCAGGAGGCUCAUGACUUCUCUUGCAGGUGCAGCGUCGAGAACUUGUAGCUUCCUUACUUUGUCCCUGAUCUUCAUGACCCUUUCUGGCGACAGGAACACAUGUGCAGAUAGGGUAUUCACUACCGCACCCAGGAAAACAAUCGUUUGUGCAGGAACGAGGGAGCUCUUUCCCACGUUCAGGAGCCAACCAUGGUCUUGAAGAAUGGACAUUGCCACUGACGUAUUUUGAGCAACAAUUUCUUGAGAUGGGCCCAAGAUAAGAAUGUCGUCCAAGUAAUGGAAAAUCUCGAUACCCAUUUCCCUUAUAAAGGCUAUCAAGGUGACCAGCACUUUUGAGAACGUUCUUGGAGCCAGGCUGAGGCCAAAGGGUAGUCCCCGGAACUGGAAGUGCCUUCCUAGCGCCCAAAACCUGAGAAAACGUACAUGAUCUUGAUGAAUCGGGAUAUGAUAGUAGGCGUCCCUUAAGUCUAUUGAGGUCAUCCAGUAUCCUUUCUUGACACACUUCAAGAUGGUCCUCAAGGAUUCCAUUUUGAACGUCCUUACAUCGAGCAAGGAGUUCACGCCUUUCAAAUUUAAGAUGAGACGCCAUUUUCCCUGUGGUUUCGGGGCCAGGAAGACCGUGGAGUAAAUUCCCUGGAACCAUUCUCGUUUUGGAACUUCUUCCACCACUUUUUGUUCCAGGAGUACCGAAAUGCAGGACCUCAUGGCCCUUCGUUUGAUACCUACCGGAACCUUUGAUUUCCUGAAGAAUGCGGUUUUCGGGUGAGAUGAGAAUUCUAUUCUGUAACCUUCUUUUACGAUGGAAGUGACCCAAAGAUCCGAAAUAUUGCUGGCCCAUAUGGGGUAGAAGAACUUCAGUCUUCCUCCCACCAUCCCCGAACGGGCCUGGGAACCUUCAGAAGUUCUUCCCUGGGGUUCUAGCACCCCUUCCUCUGGAAGCCUUACUGGAAGAUGAGUGCGAAUAGGAUUUCCAUGAAGAAUUCCUGGAAAACUCCCUUCCUGGUUUAUAGCUUCUGCUGUCCCGAAAGGACCGAUCCUUGAAGCGCUUGGUCUUCCAGGAGGAGGGAAAACUCUUCCUGCCAGCUUGAGGUAAAAAUGCCUUUUUCCCAUCAGCAGCUUUUUGAAUAGCAUCAUCCAGAAUUUUCCCAAAAAGGAGAUCCCCCUGGAACGGAAGUGCACACAGGGAAGCCUUAGAAGCAUAAUCAGCACCCCACGAAUGAAGCCACAAGGCCCUUCUAGAAGCCACAGACAGGGCCAUGCUUUUGGCAAUCAUGCGAGUGAUGUCCAGGGAGGCCUCUGAACAGAAUUCCGUGGCCAGACUAAAGUCCUUGAGGCUUUCCAACAGAUGUUCCCUACGGACACCCUGAUCAAUGUCGUCCUUCAGAUUAGCGAGCCACACUUUCAAGGCUCUGGAAAGAGUCGUCAGUGCCACUGCCGGAUGAAGGGCGGAUCCUAGGGCCAAGUAGGCCUUAAUCAGGUCUCCAUCCAUACGCUUCUCCAUAGGCUCCCUGAGAUAUGCCAUGGAGUCAAUAGGCAGUGUAGUUUUCUUAGCCAUAUGGAUCACUGCAGCGUCAAUUUUAGGAACUGAGUUCCACAGGCAGCAAUCCACUGCAGAGUACGGGUAAACCCUCGCAAACUUGUUUUUUAAGGUGGACUUCUUUUCAGGCUUGUUCCAUUCCUGAAGGAUCACCUCCCUGAUUGACUUAUGCACCGGGAAAGUAGGUCUGUUAGGCUUUAGGUCCUCAAAAAAACUGUCAGCCUCCUUCAAUUCAGAUCUUUCUUCAGCGAGACUAAGCGUGUCUCUGAGAAGGGUAAUAAGUCUAUCCACAGACCUGGAGUCAAGAGACCUGGAGGCAUAUUCAGCUUCCUCCUCACCUUCAUCCGAUAUCUCCCAGACAUCAGGGUCCUCAUCAGAGCUGGAAGACUGAGGUUCCGCUCUGCGUCUCUUACUUGGACCACUAGAACCUGUGGUAGCCCUAAAGCCCUCAGCAAUAGCCUGAGAAAUCCAGAGUUUAAGGUCGUUUUGUGGAGAGCUCCUACUGGGGGCAUCAGCGACUUCCAACAAGCAUUCCCUGCAAAGGUUCCUUCCCAUGCGGAGCGGGUGAAGAACAAUAAAUGCACUUAUUUGACUUUUCCCGGGAUUUUCUCGCUGGAGAAUCCAAAUGAACGCUGGGGCUGGAAUAAAGCCAUAUAUGACAUAUAUUACAGGCUCAGUAUGGCACUCUUUUAACAACCCCCCCAACAUAUUAAUAAAUGGCUCACCUAUGUUUUCUAGAGAGGGAUCUUGCAGAGGCAGAGGGAGAAUCCAUACUACAAAGAAGAACCAAAGGAAAAUUCAAGACCAAAUUCCCCAAAGGGAUAAAGAGGCAAGCUGACAAGCAACUCUAUCAAAAAACAGUAAAUCAGCAAUCCUACCUUAAGGAGCAGAGCACAAUGCAGCCAGGCAGCAGACAGGAGAAGAAGGGCACAAACUGGACACCAAUGCUUCCCAGGGCAAAACCCAACAUAAGGGCAGCAGACACAGGGACCAGGAAGCUGAAACAAGCCCUUUAAAUAGAACCGGGCAGCGAACAGCUGUUCGCCCGGUUCGCGCAUGCGCAGAGCGUUGGAACGCACGCUAUGCGUUCCAAACGCUCGCGACCGGCAAAUCACUUCCGGUUUCGCCGGAAGCGGUCGCAUGAGACAGACCGUCGGCUGGAACGCAAAUGCGUUCCAGCGCCCGAUGCCCGGGCACAGAGGGGGCUUCAGAGAGCAGGGAAGCCUGCAUAGCCCCUAACAUCACCACAGAGGCGUUCAAAUAGAGCCAGUAGUGUAAAUACUGCUAUCUCCUUAGUGAGCUAUCACACCAGCUCCAGUAAGGGAGUUCCACAGGCAGCAAUAAGUCACCAACAAGGAGGCAUGAAAAGAUCCCAAAGGACAAGACCCUUAAAGAUGGACUCCACUACUGCCAACAAGGUAGGUGGGGGGUAACUAACCCCAAUUAGUAGGGGCAGGCUGAAACAGGGGGAAUUUUUAAGGCUGACCAACCCCACAUAAAACAGAAAAUUAGUGUCUCCUUCAAACACUUACUUCCCACGCUGCAGUUCAGUACUUACACUGAACCUGGCCCAGUUAGUCCUGCUCAUGCAGGCUGUUUACUGGGUCCUUCAAAUGAAGAGAGGCUGAACUUCAUUUGGAACGAACCCACGACAAACGCAGGAAGGUGGCCAUAAAAUAAAAUGUAAAAAGUCCUGUAGAACUUGCUAAGGACAGGAAAAAAGACUGAGGUGUAGGGGGAGGAGGGACUCCUUAUACCUAUCAGUCUGAUUAAUUAAUCUAAUUCCUGUCCUGUGACUGCUAAGGGAGGAGCUACCCAUAAGUGAUGCUGCCAUGAUUAGCCAGGAAAAUAAAAUUUUAACUUGCCUUUUUCAAGUGCAGAGGGAGCUUACUUCUUACAUUUUUGCAAGGUCACAGAGGAGACAUGUGUGCCUCCGCUAGUGUCUAAUCCAAUGAAUUGAAUCCUUAUUUUUCCUAUGGGGGCUUCCAUGUCACGGGACCGAGUGCAUACUGAUAGCCACUAAUGGUGGACUUAACCCUGCAAUGUAAUUAUUGCAGUUUAAAAAAUAAAUAAAUAAAUAAAUAAAAAAUUGCAGUGUUUUACAUUACAGUAUUAAAAGGACAGGGACACUGCACCCAGGCCACUUACCAUAUUUUUCAAGGUAUAAGACUGUUUUUUAUUUUUUGUUUUUGUUUUUUUAAAUAAUUUUCUUUGUCUAAAAUUUGGGGUCAUCUCAUACAUGGAAUGUCACUGCAGGGGUUUUAAAAAAAAAAAAAAAUAUAUAUAUAUAAAAAACACUUGUAUGCGGGGCCUGAAAGCCAACCAAACCAAGCUAGUCGCAUGUGGCUGGAGCUCCUUAAAAAAUCUUAUUAUUAAGCCAAAUACUUAGAAAAAUAUGGUAAUUUAGAUAAAGUGGUCUUGGUGAAUGUAGUGCCCCUGUUAAACAUUAUUUUAUUUUAUUUUUUGGAGCGCCUUGGUGAGUACAUAUUCAAUAAUAUUAUACGGCAGGUGGCAUAAAAUAUUUCAGCAGAGAUAUCCAUAGUUGAUCAAUAUGUGCUGCACUUUAAAAAAAAUAAAUAAAAAUAAAACGUAACAUAGAUACAGGCUUUGUAAACGGUCUGGAUAGAGGUAAGUGUACAUGCCAACAAUAUUAUAAACUUUCCAGACGAGUAAAUGGUUAACAUAGUUAUGUCGCUUGCUCAAUAAUAAUAUUUAGCAUGCUAGAGAACCUCUGGGUGUCAUUAACAAAAAAUGUAUGUGUGAGCAGAAAACUCUAGAGGAUGCCUCAAAGAUUAACAGGCUAAACUAACAUGUCUAAAGAUAGGACAACAGCUAAGCUUACAUUGUGCCAUAUCUGGUUAAACAUGUGGAUAGAGACUAAAUAAUAGUGCUAAUCAGGCUGGGGUCUCAAAAUAAUUUAUAACAUGCGUCUAUGAACAGAUAGGCUUGGGUACUGCUGGGAACCCAUCUCAGUAGCGGGGUUAAUCAGAAUCAUGCAAGAUUCCCAUUAGCAGGAUGGUUGUUUCGAUCAGACAGAGUCCCAUCUGUCCAGCAUUUACCCGAAACCACAGACCCUCCACACAAGACUGUACCUGGAUUGGCAAGGGAUAAUGUCAGCUCUCUUUCCAGUAUGUAGUAGCUGGGUGUCAUACUUGCUGUCGCAGAGCUCUCUGCUCCUCUGAGCCCAGAGCUGGAAGAGCGUCUGUGUCUCCAGGUGACCUUCGUCUCCACUGGCUCGUGAGUUCUCCAGGUGUCAGGAAGUCCAGCUGGCUUGUUGGCGGCUGGGCAAUCAUGCCCCCAGACCUUUGCCGGGACGGUUGUCUUGCUCAGCUGCCUGGUCCUCUGGCGGAGCAGGUGCUGCAGGGAUGCGAGUUUGGCUCUGAAUUUGCACCCAAAACGCCUGGCAUAGCUUAUCAAAGCGAGCGUCGAAGCAUGCCUGUCAGCUCUGGCUCUCCUGACCUUCAGGACACAGUGUAGUCUGCGGCACGGCGGCCAUCUUAGACUUGCCACGCGGUGUCUGCGUGUCCAGGUUGAUGGGAGACUCUGCUGGUGCAGGGAGAUUAAUUUCCCCAGUGGGGACUGGGAUACCCCCCGCCGCUCCGGGGGGAGGGGUGGGGGGGAGGCGUUGCAGGGCUUCACAUUUGAUUCACGUCCAGCGUUGGGAGACAAGCCGCAUCCCCCACUGGGCCAUCUGGCUUGGAAGGUCGUAUGUUCGGACAUAGCGUGUGCACACCUGAACCUUUAAAAUCGGGUGUGCUCAAGGUGCCCCUUUGUACAGUGUCCAUUUGCUGCUCACAUAAGGCUGCAAUAUUGGGCAUUAAUAGCUUAUAUUUAGCUUGGUUGGACAGGAGCUGAGAUGAAACAUGUCCGGCCAUCUUGGCUGUCAGGCCCUGCCCCCUUAUUGUUUUUAUCUUGGGGCAAUGCUAGGUGGCAAAAAGACCAUGGGCAUCAGCCCAUUGAUAUGUAUUUUGAGCGACCUCCAUAACUAAUGUGUUCUAUAAAUUCAUACUAUUAUCUAAACCUAUAUUUGUAAAUGUAACAACCAAAAGCACUGCUGUGAUAACCCUUUCUACCACUCUGUAUUCAAAUCCUGCACUCACAUUGUACCAUAUAAUUAACUUUCAAUAUGGCACAUUAAAGUGUCACUGUUGCUAAUGAAAUAAUUGGAGGUGUUAUUUUCUCUCUCUCAUUAUUACUGGGUACUUGGGGCUGUAAUGAAAUGGCUCCAAAAUUAGACCUGGGGCUUUGUAGGAGAUCACUGAGCCCCUUCUUGCAAUUACCCUUUUAUUGGCAUUGUAGGAUGUCCCAUCUCAAAACUUUACCAGAAAAAUAGCUGCAGUAAUUCACAAUUAAACAAUGCAAUAUGUGUUCAUUUUUACAACCCUGCAUUCAGUUGUUUUGGUUGUGACAAAAUAAAUGAACACACUAGUCACAGACUAGUUUUGUUAAUUACUACUUGAAGCGUUUUACAAAAAAAUCUAAAUGUAGUGUAUUUUUGUGAGUCGUAGUAAUCAGUAACUCUUCUUUAUAUUUACCUGCCCUCGUGCUCGCUGUAACAGUUUGCUUAACCCAAGUCAAGGUAAAAUUACUUUUUUUGCCCAUAAAGACAUGUUUGUCCCUGUAAGAAGCUGAUUUGUGUUUCAAUCUGAAGUACAUACAAUUGGAAUAGGUAUUUAAUAUAAAAUAAAAAUAACAAUCUUACAGGAUUAACUAAAAUCAGAUUUGUAGUGAAUUUAAAAUGUCAAAAUCUAGGUUAAAUAGCCAAGCUGAAAGUAUAAGUGAGCUGAAGAUUUUCUUCAAAGCUGUUUUCCCCUUGGGAUUUCGAUGAGUAACAAUACAAAGUUAAAAGAACACUUUAGUGUCAGGAAUGCACAGUGCUGGAAUGCAGAAUUAGGUCCCCGGUCCCCCUCUCUCCGGAGAAUAAAGGUGAUUUUACGAACCUUUUCUCCCACACAAUGCUGGACCCCACUUGGUUACAUCUCUGUGGCUGAGAUCAUCAAUUUUGGUGAUCUCAGCCAACCACUGCUUUUGAUUAGGAAAGAAUUGGGAGGCUAUUGAGCAUACAUGGCACAAAGCCACGCUCCACCAGUCAGUAUCUCCUCCUAGCGAUGCAUUGAAUCCGUACGUCCCUAUGGAGAACAGUGCCUCUUUGAAAAGUGUGGAGACAUUGCAUGCCAGAAAUCAACUCUAGUGGCCAUCUAUCUGAGUGACUGUCACUAGAGGUGUGUUUACAGUGUUAUGGCUGUAGGGACAUACUAUACACCCCAGAACCACUACAUUAAGCUGUAGUGGUUAUGGUGACUAUAGUAUUCUUGUGUACAUUACAUAUUUAGGUAAAAUAUUCUUACAGCACUUAUGGAUUUAUUCAUUAAACCAUGGAUUGUGAAAAAUUACAAUGUGAAAUUGCAAAUGUAGUGCUGAAAUAGUUGAAAGCAAAGAAUAGUUUCCAGCUAGGCCAAGUAUCACUCAGUCUUGCAGACUUUUCUCAUUUCCCCCCAAUGAAUGCGGUCUAGUAACUAAACCACUUUUUGUAGGGGGAGGGGAGCUCUGCCUUUUAAAUACGUUGAAUAUGCAGCCAGGUGAUUGAUUUAUGGGCACUUAUGAAGCUAUAACGGGUACAUUCUGAGUAAUCUGCAAUUUGAUUAAAGUUCUAGAUUGGCUACUUUGUGAGAUGAUUUCCCAUCUCUUUGUACAGAUAAGACAUUCAUGUAUUCCAGUAAGGAAUUGUAACUCUACACUUAUAACUAACUCAAGGCUUUUUUUCUGCAGGCGGCUGAAGGAAGCAUAGUUGUGAGUUCUUCAUCUGACCAUUCACUUACUGUCUGGAAAGAACUGGAACAAAAGCCUAUACAUCACUUCAAAUCCAGCUCUGACCCAAUACAUGUGUUUGACCUAUAUGGGAGUGAAAUUGUGACUGGCACAGUGGCAAACAAGAUUGGUAUCUAUUCCCUUCUGGAUUCCUCUGCACUGCCUAAUAGCACUACCAAACUGAGCUCCGAGAAUUUUAAAGGCACACUCACAAACCUGGCUGUACUGCCUACCAAACGGCUGCUUCUGCUUGGCUCAGACAAUGGCGUUAUUCGUCUUCUGGCUUAA